AUGGAUGCAGAUGGUGAAGAUAAAAAGCUACGCACACGUUCAAGAGGAACCAAGGGUGAGUUAGAAGACCCCUUCUAUGACCCUGUGCCCAUCACACCAUGAAAUGUAAAUUUCUGCACAUGGUCCCAAAUGUGUCAUCAGCGAGUCUACACCUUCCUGAGGGCUCAUUUUAAAUCAAGCCAGGACACAAACUGCAGAGAUUAGGAAGUGAAAUGUUAUUUAGAUGUGUGGGAGAGUGGAGGUGGAAAGAAAAUCUCACAAAUGUACAAUCAUUUCACAGAGAUAAUCUAAAAAUCCAACUAAUGCUGUUGGAUAGGUUGAUGCAGAAUGGCUUUGAACAUGCAGACGGUGAUUUUAAUAGGUAUUGUCUCCCAAACAAGAAUCAUCCUCUUCCAAUUAUAUGUAAACUGUGGUAAACCAUGGGAAUACAUUUUACUGUUUUGUCUGCUUUUUGUUGAAUCAAAUCUGCUAUUGGCAAGUUGAAAAACAAAAACAAAAAAACCUUAGCAAUAUAAAGUUGGAUCUGCUUCCAUCCCAAAACACUGCAAUGUCCCUAAUGUUUUUGUAUUUAUCUGUUCAAAUGUACGAUAAAAAAGUUAAACUUUCGGUUUUUCUCUCAUUGGGUAAAGAACAGAUGGCGAUGUAAUAUUGAGAUUAAAAGGCCCCUUAAUGAUCUAAACAUCUGGAAAACAUGAUUGACUAGUCAUACAACCCCUUAAGGAAAAUAACUUUUUAUUAUAAUUGGUAAUGCUUUUUGUGACCCUUGAUUGUGAGUGGGAAAUGGGCAUAUGUAAAAUAAAAUAGAGAUAUUUUACCUCCAGUUGAAGCAGAUUUUACUUAUGAAGUUGUAGCUAAACUUAAAUGACUAGAUGUAAUGCUAACAAGUCUAAUUUGCCAGUGCAAUUAAUUAACCACAUAUGCCCUAAGGGUGUUUCUACACAUGACUCUCUAAAGUGCCUUUGAAGCAUCUAUUUACUUAUGCCCUGUAUGAAUGUUGCUAAUGCAGUAUAGAUGAGUCCAUUUUUAAAUCAAGUGUACAUCCUAAGCAAAUAGUAGCAAAAAAUGAUUCAACCACUACUUGCGGAAAUGCCCUAUGAGCAGCACAGAGCUGGAAGAAAAUGGGAAGUCAGCUACUCAGAUAGCAGAGCCAGAUCUGAUCUCACAGGCAUCCUUGUUAUCUGUGUAGUUAUGUGGGGGACCAGGAGAGGUUAAAACCAGCGAUCUAUGUAGACUGCAAUGCACAGCCCAUUGUUGCCUUGUUCCAUGGACACUUGAGGGUCACAUGGAAGGUCAAGUCAAGUCUGGUCACAGUAGGCAAGAGGAGGUCAAGUAAGCAAGGUUAGGUCAAGAUAGGCAAAUCAAGUCACAUCAGGCCAAGUUAGGUCAGGGCAGACAAAGUCCCAUUGGGGCAAACACUGUUAUACAGAGAGCAGGCAAAACAGGACCAUAACAGCUUCAAGGGAGCCCUGGCAGCUGAAACUAUCCCCUACGAAGGUAACUAUAGGUAAAAGUUAUCUCAGUAGGCUGACAAUAUCUAUAGUAAAGUUGUCUGUGCUUCUCUAGAAGGGGUGCCUGGGCUGUUAAAUGCUAUGAUUUGCCCACAUUCCAACUAGCCAUGACUCCUCAUAAUGUUUGGGGCAAACAAAGAGAAACACUUUGACCGUUUAAGACUGUUUAGAACUACUUCACACAUUCUUAUAUGGAAAGCACUUGCCACAUAGGAAGUAAUGAAUAGAUAAUCACAAAGUAAGUGUUCAUUUCACUCUGUACAGCAAUCCUUACACAAGGGAUGAUCACAACCUGUAUGUGGAUGAUGUACUAAUUUAUAUACGGCCCUGACUACCAUGUACAAAUUUUGUUUCUCAUUACCCAUUAUACCAAAUCCUACAGUGAAGGCAGGCAUGGCAUAGCUGGAGCAACUCAGCCCAUACUGCUUUCCUUCUAGCUUAUUGUUGGGUUGUGAAUCACAAUCAUGAUAUUGUAAAAAAUAAAUAAAUGGGGGGGAGGGGUGUAGGAAAACAUUCCUUACUGCAUUUGUGGGACCUUACAUAUGUGUGGGUGUCACAUAAAGGGAGUCAGAUUUUAAUGACCCAACCUUGUGAACUGAGUUGUCCACAUUGUACCCACAUUGCUGGGAGGUCUCAGCACCCCACACCUAGUGGGGUGCCAACUCCAUGGCUGGAAGCUGUAAUUCUGCUCACAAGAUUGGGUCAUUUAAAUGUUACCCAAGAUACACAGAAGCUGCUUAUAGCAAAGUGGCUUGCAGAUGGUUAUAGUGAUGGGAUCCUUAAUUUGGGCUAUUUUUCUGUGGCUAAUACAAUGUAUUCAGCAAUUCUAUUUUUUUAAAAAAAAAUAUUGGCUGAUUAAUCACUGCACCAAAGGAUAAGCUGGAAGUCUUUAUUCAAAUAGGGAAAGAACUGCAGUUCAGUGGUAGAGCAGAUGCUUUGCAAACAGAAGGUCCCAGGAUCAGUCCCUGGAUCUCCAGGUGUUUCUGGGAAAGACUUCUGUCUGAUACCCUGGGGAGCAGCUUCCAGCAUAGACAAUAGUGAGUUAGAUGUGCCAGUGGUCUGAUUCAGUGUAUAGCUUGCUAUCUUCCUAAAUUACAAAACUGAAAUAAUCUAUCUCUGAGAUGUUUCAAAAUAAAUGUAUCAUAGUUAAAGGUGCACCAAGAUUUUGACACACCCUGAAGGAUCAAAAACUUUCCUCCUGAAAUACAUAACUGUUCAAAAUUUGUUUUAGCACAGAGCUGCUUUGCAGAUGGCUGUUUUUCAGAGAUUAUUGAAUCUGUUGCUUUUACUCCUAUUACUCCUCCUGCCACCAGCCAAAAGCAUUCAGAUGUUGUAUAUAUUCAACUGCAAGGGAAUAAGGGAUUUAAAUCACCCAAUCUCCCUUCACUGUCAUAAAAAAAGCCCGAAAUGGUGAGGGCAAGAUAUAGAUAGAAAGAUAGAUAGACAUUAUUUUAAGAGCCCACCCUGCCUUCCCCUGGCAGCAUUUCUAUAUAGUUCAGUGAGAUCAGGAUCAAUCCCCAAAUGAAGUGAGUAAUUGCAACAGCAUAAUGAAGUUACUGCUGCAUAUCUGAACAUUGUAGUGAGCCUCCAUUAGAUCAAGUCUGCAGGGAGCUACUGACUAACUGGCUGGGUUUCAUUUAGCAGUUUCUAAUCAGAGUUAAUGCACUGCCAUACUUUCUUUAAACAUUUAAAAGGUGAUCUCUCUCAUUUAGCAAGCUAGUUAAACAUAUUUAGGGCUUAAAAUGCCUCUCUCUUGCACACACAGGCUUAAUAGAGCAACAGGAUUUCCCCAGAAGUGGGACAACGGAUGUUGCCUGUGCAACAUGAGUAAUCUUUAGAACCACCUGUUGACUCUUUCAAUAUGCUGCAUAGCCUUGUGUGGGCAGGUAUUUGUAAACACCAGCUUUCCUCAUUCCCAAAUCAAAUUAUCACUUAGGAAAAGAAAAUGUUCUCACUGCACAUCCAAUUAAAAAAGAAGAAGGAAAGGUACAGUGGCUUUUUUUUCCUGCUGAAGAUCAUCUUCCUUGUGUGCUGAGUUGUUUUGGGUUUUUGUUUUUUAACAGAUAAGUAACCAUGGGAAUUGAACAUCAACUUUAGCAGUUGCCAUGAGCAGCAAUAAUCCUGUGGUUAGGGAGAAAUAAAGAGUCACCUGUGUUCUCCCAGGUUCUCAUCUCUCAUCAGAAAUAGGCAGGUGCACAGAAGUUUAAAUGUAAACUGAUGCAGUCUUCCCUUCUUUUACCAACAGCACACGUGGAUUCGAUAGCACAGGAGCUCAGGUAAGAUUCACGAAGCUUCAGCUUUGUCACAAGAAGUGCUGUUAUAUCCCACAUUUAUUGCAUCUCUUACAAACACAGCCAGGACAGAUGGUGUGUUCACAGUAAUUCAAGUUGUUGUUGUUUUUAAGUGCCUCUAGGCUUUCUAAGGUUCACCAGAAAAAUAUUGUAACCUAUCAAGAGGUUCUUGUAUGAGGAAAACUUCACAGAGGUCCAGGUUGGUCAAUCUGUGGCCUUCCAGAUUGCCAAAGCUGGGCAAGCGCUUACAAGACUUUGAGAAGGAGGCAGGCAGGCUCUCCCUUGACCCCUGUACUCUGUGUGUGGAAAUUGGUUGUGCUGCCCUAAAUCUGCCUCUGCUUUAGGUAGCACUGGCUGGGGGAGAGAAGGAAUUUAUUUAACCUUCAAGUUCUAGCCCAGAUAGUUUCAGUGUAUGUCUUGAGCUGGGUUUGAAGUUGACCUCUCAUGUUUUCUUGACCUGUCCUCUGUUAUUGUAAGUAGGCAGUUUUGUAAGUAGGCAGCUGAGCAUUAAACUGUACACACACUCCAGUUCUGUUAACUAGAUGGGCUGGACUACUCCUCUUCUGGUGGCUGCCACGUUAAAUUCUUUCUGAUUAUUGUUAUUUUAUUAUUAAAGAUGCCCAGCAGAAGUUAGUGGGGAGAAAUAUCUCCAGUGGGGGGAGUAGGAGGGGAAGGAGUAGUGCCACAGACCUGGCCUACUUACAGCAGCAUUACCACCGUAAACCAGGAUAAUGUGGAGAAAGGUCAGGGUGGUGGGAGCACCAGAUUGGCUUUUCCAGUACCACCCUACCCCAACCCACUGCUGCAAAUCAAAGUACGCAGCAAGCCUGUUCUACCAAGGAGACUCCCUCUGUGAUCAGAGCCCCCAAUGAGUGGACAGUGGUGGGACCAAGUAACAGGAAUGUGUUGGAAGGCAGUGGAACUAGCAUGAGUGUCCAGGUUCUCCCCUCAUGAAAUAGGAGAGGAAUGAAUGCCUAUGCAGGGCGUGAAAAGUGUGAAGAUCUCACCAGGAUUUCAUCAUUUCAGAGUGUAUUGGCUAAACCUUGCAGAGGUUUCUUAUCAAUAACUAAGUUGUUUCAAAUGUUUGCUUAUACUAUUUGUGGUAAGGAUAUUCGUAUUUUGUGUAGAGCCACCUUUCUACAAGGGUAUUAUGAUAAUGAUGAACAUAUUCAUGGCAAGUGAGUAAUGACAGGAUUGAAGCCUAUGAAGGCCCACAACGCUGAUCCCAUGGUGAAGAGCAGCAGCUGCCUAUCACCCUUUCUACAAUCAACUAAAUAGAAGGAGUGAGGCAGCAGGCCAACAGCACUAUCAGUCAUGACGAAGGAUGCCAAUAGUCUUGCAGCAGUAGAAUGAACAUCUGGCCAUACUCCAUAGACUUUAGGGCAUAGAUCACCCUUCGGGGGAAUAUUUUAUCUGAGACAACUGGUGCCUGGGUUCAUAGCACAGGGGAUUAAAUAUGUGCUGGUAUCAUUCUUCAUUAAUCUGCAUUAUAUCAUAUUAAUAUGCGAGGGACCAUUAUGGUUAUGAGACAAGGCCAGCUUGCCCAUUCAGUGGAAUCGAGUGAUAUAUAUUUUUCCGAACUCUACCACUUCAGAUUGCAGGUAGUUGGGGGGGAUUAAAUGAUUCAAAAUUCCCUAUGGGGGGUGGGAAUGUUCUGUACAUACAAAAUUAGCAUGUUAGGUAGAAACAAAAACUGAACUCCUUCCCCUCAGGUGGUGGUUUUAGGAAAUGGGUGCAUGAUUUUAUUAUUUAUUUCUUUACCACUUGAUUGUAAUAAAACCUCUAAGCAGUUUACAAGAAAUAUUUAAAUUAUCAAUAACAAUUAAAAACAUUUUAAAAUUAUUGAAAUCAACAGUAAAAAUAUUCAGACACAUCAACAUCUACAUACCUCGAUAGGCUUGCCUAAAGGAAAAUGGUUUAAGCAGGCACUGGCAAGAGCUGAGCCAAGAUACUUGCCUAAUUUUGGAGGUUUCACCACUGGAUCAUGUUGCUGUGGUUCAGAGAAAGACAAGUGCUUAUUUUGAAUGCCACCUAUUUGGGCCAAGCAACUGGUGACAUGAAAUACCAAACCCCAUUCGCCACCUGAGAAGUGGGAGGUGGAGAUGAGUGGAUCUGUCAAUUUUUAUUUCUCUCUAUUAUUUUUAUAAUCUUAAUCUCAGUUCUCUACAUUUCCACAUCAGUUUACUUUUUUUAAAAAGUCCUCAUACAAAUUCACGAGUGUUGUUUACUAUGAAUUUCUCCUAAAUAUAUUUUUGUCUAAUAUACACAUUUUUGUAAAGCAAUUUCCCUAUUCUAAUGCGUUUUUUGGUAUCAGUGCAAUUUUAUGGACACUUUACCCCAGUAUAUGAAUUUUUGUACACAUUGUUUGACUGUGGAACAGCAUUGCAUAGUUCACAGAACUGCAAAUUUCAAGGAUGGCUGUGUUUAUGUAUUCUUUGGAAAAUGCUAAUUUGGUAGGUUCGCCUUUAAAUGUCAACUGAAUCAAAUUUAUCCCCCAUCUCUAGUGAGAGGUGAAUUGGGAGGAGGCAGUUAUCACUGCCUUAAAGCAUUCCAGCAAUGGUGUCAACUGUGUGGGCAGCUGAUGUGUUGAAUGUGGCUAUGAGAUCAGACAAGUACCCCAAGUAGCAUUGAGUGAACUUUCCUAGCUUGAUUUGGAGGUGUCCCCCCCCCAAAUAAACCCCAGUUCCAUUUCACACUCCUGAUAAUCAAUGGGGAAAUGAUGGGGUGUCCCUCAGCCUGUAUGGUCUCACUGGUGGAAUUCAGUCUUCAGCCCUCAAAGCACAAGGAAUCUUGAAACAUAGUCCGUCCCCCCCCAAGUGAACAUUACAAGCUGGACAAUGUCACAUUCUGAGCUGGGUUAUUACAGUUUGGCAAAUCCGCUCCACUUCCCAGUGGGGAGGAGUUGUGGUGGACCAUGUGGCCACCCACUCCCGUACAGGGAUGAGGAACGAAGUCCCGCAUCACCCGGAGGUUCCCAGCCACGUCAUUCGCCAGCUAGCCAAUCUGCUGGCUGGGAGAGGUGCAGCCAGGCCCCAUUUAAACUGAGGCGCGAGCCGGAGAGCUUCCUCUUGGCUUGCUUCCUCAAUCUCUUCGCACAGUUCCUUGGCUUCACUCUGCGGACUCUUUUCUCAGCUUUCUGCUGCGGCAUUGGUUGAUCUUAUGAUGGGGGAGAGGAGGUGUGGCCAUCACCUGCCCCUCCAAGCUUAAGGGUAUUCCGUUAAAGGAAUCCGGGGGUUUGGAUCUGGUCCAAAGCCCGGGGCAGGGCUAGGGCCAUGCCACGACCCCGUCGGGAACCCAGGGGGAGCUUGAGUCAGUUUGCAUCAACAGGGCUCCUCCUACAGGUGGUUGACCCUUACUGGACUCCCUGCGUGACAGGCAGGAGUCAGAUAUAGUCUGGUCAAUUCCAAUGCCUAAGCCAAUAUUGCUCACAUUCUGUAGCCACUAAAGUUGUACCCUAAAUUCGCCCAAUAACAUUAACCUAAUAUCCGUGUCCUUGUGUCUUAUUCAUCAACGAGGGGGUGGUCUCGGGGUCUCGACCUGCAACACAAUGGCUUUUCACAUUUUUGGAGUUGUCACAGGGAGCAUUUUAAAGCAGUAAACAGUGUGGUAAAUUACAUACUUUGGUAUUUUACCCUGAAGUUAUGUCAGUACAGAGCACUGGUAUUUAUAAUGAGGCUACUCUACAUUGCAUGUCAUUCAUGAUGUUAAUAAAGGAUUUAUGCCAAAAUUCACCUGUCCUUAUUACUAUAUCCUGUAUGUCAACCAUUCAUAUCAUCAUUAAUUAAACCAGUUAUAAAUUUAAACCAUUACUGUAAUAAACUUUAUAGGCCUGCAGUCUUUUGGGAUCCUCCCUUGUUUCUUUCUUGUCCAUCUUUUAAAUCUUUCCUUAAUUAGCUAUAUCUAAAAGCCAGGGAUACAGUUUUGAUAACAUCCAGUAAUUCUAAUAGCCUUAUCUAGUAAAGUGACAAUUUGAUGACACCUUUUUCUGUUACUGCUAGUAGAUAGGAGUUCUGAUCUGCAGGAUUUUCUGACAUGCAGGUUAAGGCACACAUGACGUGGUAGCCACUUGCCUGCACUGAUGGUGUACCACUGCCUUGAGCAAAUAUGAUUGUGUAAGAGGUGGUGGGAUCCUCUGAGCACAUUGGGUGUUAGUUUGUACAUGGGAUGUUGGCUGGGUCAUGAUUAAACUCCAAGUGGGGAAGUUCUAUGUUCAGUAUCACUGAACAUAGGUUUACUGCAAUGGUAGGUCACCAUCCAUUCCAACUAUGGUUGCCAUCCAUUCAUAAAUAAAUGACCAGAGUUCCACCUUCUGGAUUCUUUCCAGAGAUUCAGAGGUCUGUACCUCUGAGGCCUCACCUCAGAGUUUUUAAUUUAAAAAUAUGGUCAUGAUUUGUUAAGGCUUUGCACAUGCCCACACAUAUAUAGUACCUAGACCAACCAAGUAAGUGGGAAGUCUGGAUAAAUGCAGUCUUAGUUCAGUGCAAAUAGAGAGUGAAACAGAAUUUAUGAAACGGGUAAAUCAUCUUAUUUGUUUAUGUAUGCAGGCAUUGAAGACCAAAGCCAGGCUGUACGCAUGCAAUGCAGGCCGAGUCCUUCAGGCCCACGGAGCUUUGGAGCUUCAUCUGCAUAACAAAAGACAGAGAGGAUUCUAAAACCCUCCAAUAACACUGUUAGUAGCUGGCAGGCAGCCAAUCCAUGCUGAGAUAGGACCAGUGUUGUGAUUCGCUAAUUGCAGUAUUAAGGCGACCUAUCACAGGCGGUGUGUGUGUUUUGCCUGGGCUGGCUUAAGGUAUAUAUAUCCCAGGCAAGUGCCCCUGUUUGUCCUCCUCCUUCUUGUUGUUCCAAUAAAUCCUUUUUGAGCUGAAUCCUGGUCUUGGGUCAUGCCUGAACUCACCUACACUUCAUUUUUUAGCUAACUUGCAUUGCAAAACAAAGGAAUCAAUAAUUUUGAAGUUAACUUUGAUGCAGCCAAGACAACAGUGUGCAAUUUAAUGUACAGUGCUGCCUUUGGGUUUUUUUUGUUGUAAUAAAAUAAGCAGCACCUCAUUAGUACAGAAUUAUCACCAGAUUGUAAAAAUAGGUUCCAGACAUUUUAUUUAAAAAUUUAAUGAAUGUUCUUGAGCUAUUUUCAUAGUAAAAUGCCAAACACCCCAAAACCUGGAACAAUAAACUAGUAAAUACCAUUGCCUUGUCCAAAAUAAUCUCAUUGCCCCCCACACCCAAGAAAUUACUAGCCCUGGGCCUUCAAGAAGGAUAAAUGCUCAAAUCUCAAUAGUCCUCGUGGUAUAUUAUAACUUUUCAGUUGACUUUUUUAAAAAAAUGGCAGGCUUGUUUUAAAAAACAGUGACGCAGUUCCUAUAGCACCUUGUUUUCAGUGCAGUCUUUAGAAUGUUGUGGUAGACGUGCCCUAUUGAAUUCAAUGAAACUUACUCUCAGGUAAGUGGGGUUAGGAUUGCAGCCAAAGGCUUUCUUAGCAAACAGUGUGCAUUUGUUGUUUGUCCAAAGAGGUUUCAUCCCCCCACCAUGUUUCACAAUGAACUCAACGCACGCAUAGAUUUCAUUAUAGCUGCAUGCCUUCUCCUGGGUUAUUACCAACUUCCUAUCAUUCUGGCCUUUUUACUUGCUUCUUUUUAUUUCCUCAGUCAUUUCACAGUCGAAUCGUUCCUUUUGGUCAGGUGGCCUAUAACAUUAGUUUACUGUCUGAAACAUCUCCAGCCUCAAAGCAUAAUGACUCAACAGCAUUACGCAUUCCUCCCCAGUCUCCUCUUAGAAGGACUAAUAAAUUCUCUUUUCCCAACAAGGCUAUACCACCUCCCCUGCUUUCUAUGUUAUUUAUUUUAUUUUAUUUUAUUUUAAAAGAAGCUGCCCCUUUGAUAUUGAAAUUCCAGCCUGAUUCCAAUUACAUCAUAACAUAUUUUCUUCUAAGUUAUUGUAUAUACCCCUCGUCCUAGCACCAUCUCACUUUCUUCUUCGCCAAGCCUUUCAUUUGUAUGUUUGCACACUUUAAUAACCUUCAUGCUGCUAUUUUGCCCUAAAAUUAGUCUUAAUCAAUCCUGAUUUCCCUCUUUUAUCUUCAUUGCCAUCCAACGCUUUAUAUGUACUCCUUUCAUCUCUGUUUGGUCAGCGUGCUUGCCCUGACGUCAUACAAGAGUAGAUUAAGCUAAACUCCUCCUCAGGACUUCAGUUGGGAUGGAGAGAGCAUUAUUCUUGCUGAGUAGUAGCCUUUCUUCCAUCUUGACUACCCCUCCUCCAAAUCAUGUUGUAUAGCCCUAUUGUACCAUAACUGGCCAAACCACUACCUCUAUUGCAGGUGUGUGUGUGGGGGGGUGGUACUCAGUGGACAACAUAAGCUAAAGUAAUAGGUGCAAGCCUUGAAGAGGAAUUAGUUCUAUGUUGCUGGGGAUAGUAAAUGGAUGAAUAUCAAUAUUAAAAGAUAAAACAUAAAUACUAGCAUUAAACAUAGUAUUAUUAUUAGUAGUAGUAGUACCCUGAGGCUGAUUAGUUGACUGACCUAGCAAGAAUGAUGAGGGACUGAUAAAGAGCUCUGGAGGCUUUCAGGCCUGAGAUUUCCAAGUCCUAAACCAUUGGGUAAGUAGCCAAUCAAUACAUAUUAGUGCUUGCAGAUGCGUAACAUUAUAAAUUUGGUGCUGGUCUUUUCUUUGACAACAUCCCAAGAAUUGUUUGUCAACCCAACUCAUGGUAUACUCCUCAGACUACCAUUCUGAUAACUUUGUCUGCAUAACUUUAUAUGCAUUCAGUGUAUUAGGCUCAAGAGCAAUGGGUAGUGGGGAUGGCACCACAGAUUUGACCACCUGGCAUCAGUAUCACUGCCACAUACUUGGCUGGUGAUGGAGCAGGGCAGCACUGAGGAAGGACAUCUUGGACACACCAGCAAAGAGAAUCUGGUGCUUCUGCCUGAAUUGGCCUGACUUCACCUUGUACCUCCGCACUAGUUGCUCGUGAAUAGCCUACAUGGUUUGAUGACAUAUUAAAGCUCCCUGUAUCUAAUUUAGCCUAUAUCUACACCCACUCUUAGCUUAAGUACUUUUAUAUCCGAGCAAAUUCUAUUCAGGUCAAACUCUAUUCACUGGUGACUCAAAAGGAUUUCAGUGUAAUUAUCUCUCACCUAAAAAAUUAGGCUGGCACUAGAGAAAGACGUGUCCCACUCCAUUGUGAGGAUUCAUGUGUUGGUACAACCAGUGCUUUAUUUAAGAUGAUAAAAAUAUGAGGUGCCAGUACUCGUAUAUUGAGAAAAGUGCAGCAAAGAAGAAGUGCUGGUACUCUGUACCAGGGAGUACUUUCACACAAAAAAGCUAUGGGUGCCAAACAUCUUGGCAUCUUCAAGUCACUGGUUUUAGUUUUUAACCUCCUUGGGGUUCAUUUCAUUGCCUAGCAAAAAUGUCUCCUGUGUCCAAAAAGUUGACUUGUACCACUAUUUCAUUAGAAGUCUGCUCAUAUCAGAAAUUGUGGGAAUGAGUUAUAUUCACUCUUGAUUCAUAAAAAAAUAUCCAUCCAUUUUAUGACUCUGAUUCACCAAUAACCUUGACAGCUGAACCAGUGUUCCAUGACAACAAGCAGACCAUUGAUAAAUAGCAACAAAACUAUUAGAGGUUGAAUUUAUGAGAUGAGUAAUAGGGAUGCUAAAUUAUAGGCUUACUGUUUGACAAACUACAGCUUGACAUAUAUUUGCAAAUGCAUGUGUAUGCAUCUCAAAGAGAGAAAAACUUUUCUAACCUCAUGACCCCUUGGCACAUUGUACAGAAACCAUCCAACUGCUUUCCAUGGGAUUGUGUUUUACAGUUCAUCCCCCCCUCCUCCCAGUUCAUAAUUUCAGGACUAAAGAAUUUUCUAAGAAUAGUUAAAACGAGGCUUUGGUUUAUAUUUGUUUUUGAAAUAAUGACCAAAACGUAUCAUAAGGGGGGGGGGGGAGAGAUUGUAACCAGUAUCAGCAUUUUGAACUUAGCCAGUGCAAUUCUUUCAGCAACAGCAUAGCAUGAUGGUGAUAUCCUGCCCCAGUGAGCAGUAGAGCUGCUGCAUUUUGCACUAGCUGCAAGGUCAAGGGCAGUCUCAGGACAGCUCCAUAUAAAGCACAUUGCAAUAAUUCAGUCUGGUGGUUAGCAGUGCAUGGACAACUAUUUCAGUGGUCAGGAUAUCCCAGUCCAGAAAUGGCCAAAUUUGUUUUACCAGCCAAAGCUAGUAAAAGCUUCUCCUAACCACUGAGGUCACCUGGGCCUCUAGUGACAGAGAUUAAUCUAGGAACACCCCCAGACUGUGAACCUGCUCUUUCAGUGGGAGUAUGACCUUUUCCAAAGCCGGCAAUUGCCCAAUUAUCUAGAUUCUGCAACCACUCACCUAUGGCACCUCUGUCUUGCCAAGAUUAAGACUCAGUUUGUUGGCCCUCAUCCAGCCUACCACUGAGUCCAGGCUCUAGUCCAGGCCUUGAACAGCCUCUCCUGAUUUAGAUGUUACAAAGAAAUGGAGCUGGGUAGUAUCAGCAUACUGAUACCUUGCCCCAAACCUCCUAAUGAUCACUCUCAAUAGCUUCAUAUAGAGUUAAAUAGCAUUGGGAAUAAGAUGGUACCCUAUUGUAUCCCUUUUUCCUCCACCAAAGUUGGUGGAGUUUGGGGGGAAAUGACACAUCACGCUCAUGAACUGGGGGUUAGCCACUCCUAGUGUAAAUAAUUAGUAUGUAUAAUUAGAAUCAGCUAUAGAUCAGAUAAUUUGUAUUGCCUUUGAACAAUGAGCCUGACAAAAAAUAAAUUUUGGUCCAUUUCAAAUGUAUAUUCUACAAUUUUCAGAUACAAAAUAAAACUUAUAUUACUUCCCCUUUCUCUCAAGCAUUAUAUUGCUGUGAGUGUUUACUUGAUCAGCUGUAGAAAGCAUGUUGUAGAGCUGCAAAGGUACAGAAGGGGGUGACUAAAAUGAUGAGACUGAACAAUAUAUUUUUUUCCUUUAAAAAAAUAUGCUCACAAAUGGAAGGAAAUUGAGUCAUUUUGUUUUGCACACAUCCUGCCCACAUGCUAUCUGGGGUAGAGUAAAAUGAUGCCUACUGUGAUGUAGGAAUAGAAGAACCCUAUCUGAAUGGGAAUAUAAGACCAGUUCAGAGACUCCAAUGUGUUUGUAGAGGGUCUUGAGGUCUGCCCAGUUCAAGCUUUGCUGAAGUUGGCCUAACAUCAAAGUCCAUGAGCAGCUCCUGAUGUGCACAAAGUAGAACCUCACAAGAAUUUUGAUUUGGAUAAGAACUUGGGGAAUCAGCCAAGCUGCAGGUCCUGAGCCAAAUUGGAUGUAUUCAGAGGACCUUGGGCCUUGGACAAGCUGGGUGCAGACAGACACAGACCACUGUGAGUCAUGUUGGAGGAGCCCAGGGCCCCCUGGGUGUCAGGGGGCAGGGCAUCAGGCAGGAAGGAGAGCUUUAAAACCUUAAAACUCUUUAUAACUUUAAAACUCUUAAUAAAUAUCAUUUUUUUAAAAAAAGGAGAGCCAGGCAGGGUGGAAAACUGCAGGAAAAGCUCCAAGACAUACCUGACUUGCAGCUGCAUCUUCCCAGGAGAAGGCGGGCUACAGCUCUCUUUCCUGCCUGAAACCUGUUGAGUAGAGACACCCCUAUAGGGUGUGGGUGCUGCUUUUCAAGAGGCUGUCCUGCAGGAAGGAUCCAGGCCUGCACAGUGCUGGUUCAUUCCCAGACUCUUAAAAAACCCUAUUUUAACUUUCCGGUUAAUAUAGGGUUUAAAAAUCCCCACCCCUAAAUUGUUUUGUGGAAGGAUCUGGGGUGGAAUGGGUGGCACUGGGUCAAUCUCCCUGAUGCCACAGGAUGCCACAGGAUAGAUUGAAGUGGGGCUCUUUGCUGAAGAAAUAUGAGGCCAUGAGAUUAGUUGAACUUUCAAGACUUUGAAUAUUUCUACCUCUUUAAGGUAAAAAAGUAAAGGUAAAGGAUCCCUGGAUGGUUAAGUCCAGUCAAAGGCAUCUAUAGGGUGUGACGCUCAUCUCACUUCAGGCCGAGGGAGCCGGCGUCUGUCCACAGACAGCUUUCCGGGUCAUGUGGCCAGCAUGACUAAACUGCUACUGGCACAGAGGACUGUGAUGAGCGCCAGAGUGCACAGAAAUGUCGUUUGCCUUCCCACCACAGCACUCCCUAUUUAUCUACUUGCGCUGGUAUGCUUUUGAACUGCUAGGUUGGCAGGAGCUGGGACAGAGCAACAGAAGGUCACCUGUCAUGGGGAUUCUAACUGCCAACCUUCUGAUCAGCAAGCCCAAGAGGCUCAGUGGUUUAGACCACAGUGCCACCCGCGUCCCUGACACCUCUUUAAACAUUCCAUUAAUUAUGUUACAAAUAUUUUUCAUGUAUCCACACCGCAAAUAGCCGUAAUCAUAGAAUCAUAGAGUUGGAAGAGACCACAAGGGCCAUUGAGUCCAACCCACUGCCAAGCAGGAAACACCAUCAGAGCACUCCUGACAUAUGGUUGUCAAGCCUCUGCUUAAAGACCUCCAAAGAAGGAGACUCCACCACACUCCUUGGCAGCAAAUUCCACUGUCGAACAGCUCUUACUGUCAGGAAGUUCUUCCUAAUGUUUAGGCGGAAUCUUCUUUCUUGUAGUUUGGAUCCAUUGCUCCAUGUCCGCUUCUCUGGAGCAGCAGAAAACAACCUUUCUCCCUCCUCUAUAUGACAUCCUUUUAUAUAUUUGAACAUGGCUAUCAUAUCACCCCUUAACCUCCUCUUCUCCAGGCUAAACAUGCCCAGCUCCCUUAGCCGUUCCUCAUAAGGCAUCGUUUCCAGGCCUUUGACCAUUUUGGUUGCCCUCCUCUGGACACGUUCCAGUUUGUCAGUGUCCUUCUUGAACUGUGGUGCCCAGAACUGGACACAGUACUCCAGGUGAGGUCUGACCAGAGCAGAAUACAGUGGCACUAUUACUUCCCUUGAUCUAGAUGCUAUACUCCUAUUGAUGCAGCCCAGAAUUGCAUUGGCUUUUUUAGCUGCCGUGUCACACUGUUGGCUCAUGUCAAGUUUGUGGUCAACCAAGACUCCUAGAUCCUUUUCACAUGUACUGCUCUCAAGCCAGGUGUCCCCCAUCUUGUAUUUGUGCCUCUCAUUUUUUUGCCCAAGUGCAAUACUGUACAUUUCUCCCUGUUAAAAUUCAUCUUGUUUGUUUUGGCCCAGUUCUCUAAUCUGUCAAGGUCGUUUUGAAGUGUGAUCCUGUCCUCUGGGGUGUUAGCCACCCUCCCAGUUUGGUGUCAUCUGCAAAUUUGAUCAGGAUGCCCUUGAGUCCAUCAUCCAAGUCGUUGAUAAAGAUGUUGAAUAAGACCGGGCCCAAGACAGAACCCUGUGGCACCCCACUAGUCACUCUUCUCCAGGAUGAAGAGGAACCAUUGAUGAGCACCCUUUGGGUUCGGUCAGUCAGCCAGUUACAAAUCCACUGAGUGGUAGCAUAGUCAAGACCACAUUUUACCAGCUUCUUUACAAGAAUAUCAUGGGGCACCUUGUCAAAUGCCUUGCUGAAAUCAAGGUAGGCUACAUCCACUGCGUUCCCUUCAUCUACCAGGCUUGUAAUUCUGUCAAAAAACGAGAUCAGGUUAGUCUGACAUGACCUAUUUUUCAGAAAUCCAUGCUGACUAUUGGUGAUCACAGCAUUCCUUUCUAGGUGCUCACAGACUGUAAUCCACUGCCUUGUUUCAACUUGCUAACCUAACUGGCAAAGCAAAGCAACUAACAAAUUUAAUUAAGUUUAGAGUGAAAUGGUGUGCAUAAGGAAUACAUAGAAAAAAAUAUUGGUGUGUGACUUUAAUUAUUUUGGUAGCAGCUAAUUAUUAUUCACAUGCAUUCUGCAUACUCCUGUAAUAUGUACACCAGAUAGCAUUACCAUAUUGUUAUGAUUACCACAUUGUGGCAUUUCAGCAUCUACUUUGUUACAACAGAUAAAUAUGCUGCAUAAACCUAAGCCAUUUUAAAUUGAGGGAUUGUAAAGUAUCCGUUAUAUUGGUUUCGUGCUUUGUGCAGCAUUGUGGCAGAUCAAGCGAGUUCACAAUUUAAGAUGCACGUUGGUUGUACUGUAACUUCUUCAGUAGUGCAGAUCUUCACAUUUGUUUCCAUGUUCUUCAUAUUUGCAAUGGUGAGUUGCCAAGAAGAUGCCUUGCCAAAAUGGUUUUUUUUAAAAAAAGAAGCAAAAAGCUUAAGUUAGUCAUAUGCUACCAUCCAAAACAAUCACAAUUGGAGCCAAUUUAGUGCACAUAAGUUACCUUGGAAGGAUUAAUUUCUGCUGUUGAGCCUCAUAAUAUGUGUAACCAACAGGGAGCUGUCUGGAGACAGGGAUUUUUGCAAAUCUUUCAGCUAGAUCAAUGAGCCAAAUGCAAAAUCUGGUAACCAGGGGCAUCAUGUAGAUUUGUCAUGCUCCCUAGGGGAGCUGGGGUCCAGCAACCAAUGAGUGGAUUACACUGAUCCACAAAUGCAGUUUUUCAUCUGUGACAGAUAUAAUAUAAAUGCUAUUAUUCAUAUUGCAUAACUGGGAGAGAACCACCGACAAUGACUAUUGUUUAUGCAAAAAUUAAAAAGAGAGAAUGUAGAAUUUUGCAACAGGUGACAACAGACUUUUCAGAAAACAGAGUUCAUUACAUAGUCACAUCCAAGCAAUGCUUGUCACUGGGAGAUUUUGUUAACACCCAUUUGACCGAGAUGCAUAAUCUUGUGGAAAGUGAGAUACAGUACAGCUGUACAUUGCCAGCAAUACGUUUGGUUCCAGCGAACACAGUCUAUGCCUAUCUGUUAGGUAUACAGACAAGGAAUGAAAGGAGACUCAGUCCUGUGAGUAUGCCACCAGUAGAGACUGGAUCUAUCCAAUCUCUGCAUCAACCCCUUGAUACAGUCAAUCUAAGGUGGAGUGCCAUGACUUGUAUCAACAUCGUGUUAAGCAGAUUUCGCCUUGAGCAGCAGAAUGGCCUCUCCCUUUCUUUUGCCUGUAUGCCCCUACAUCUAUUCUGGGGGUUCUUUCAGUCCUCUGGAACAGAAAUGGGGACCCAAAAUUUAUCAAAAAACAUUUCCCCCCCAGAAAACUCCCCUGAGAUCUUCAUCUCCUCACCUUACUCUUUUUUUUUGGGGGGGGGGGGGAGACCACUAUGAAUAAUUUUAUUUAUUGACCACCUAUUUUGUGGUGGCUACUAUUUUCCCCUACACUCUGUUGACAAUGCUCCCUAACUCCUCUAGGUACUUUGCACUGUAGUUAAUGCAAAAUGGUGGCCAUGAUUCCAACACAGUUGAUUCUGCUGUUUCAGGGCGAAACCCUUUUACAGGGAAAGAAGGGAACAGACAAAGUUGACACAUGUAACUGGUAGUACAAUUUUUACAUCAGCUCUUUUUAUUUCAGGGAAUUAGCAAACUGCUAUACACCUUUUCUUAUCCCCUGGGUGGAUAUAGUCUAGUCCAGAACAGAGUAGAUUAGCAUAUAUUUAGAUUAGCAUAUAUUUACUCAAGAUUAAGGUUGAUUCAGGCUUUAAAAAUAUAUGUAUCCAGAUUUUUGGUAGCAAUUGAAAUGAAAUGGUGUGGAGGGGUUCAUCUGUGUUUUGCGCUCUUUAGCUCCAACAGCUAAAACCAAAUAAAGACAAAAGAUCCAGCUGUUUAGAACUGCUAUUAUACUAGUCCACAUAAUUUUUUUUUUCCCAUGAAAACAAAACAAAAGAGUUGUGCAAUGUAUUUUCAAUCAUUUCUUCCUCUCUUGAUGUUCUCCUCUCAUUAACUGUAGUGCCUACAAAAGCUCCAUGGCAAAGAAGAGAAAAGCUGAAGAGCAGAUUUUGGGUGUUCCAGUCAACAAAAGGAAGUCUUUGUUAAUGAAACCCCGUCACUACAGUCCAAGUGUAGAAGGCAAAGGGGAAAAUGAGGACAAGACUGACCUGCAAGACAACAGCAAUGAUCUCAAAGCAGGUAUCAAAGAUUAGUGGCUCCAGAUGAAUGUAAAAAGCAUCUAAGUGUUGGUGCUGACCUUCAAAGCCCUAAAUGACCUUGACCCUGUAUGCCUGAAAGAGCAACUCCACCCCCAUCAUUCAGCCCAGAUGCUGAGGUCCACCUCCAGGGGCUUUCUGGUGGUACCUCAGUGCAAGAAAAAAAAAAGUGGAAUUUGCUGCCAAGGAGUGUGGUGGAGUCUCCUUCUUUGGAGGUCUUUAAGCAGAGGCUUGACAACCAUAUGUCAGGAGUGCUCUGAUGGUGUUUCCUGCUUGGCAGGGGGUUGGACUCGAUGGCCCUUGUGGUCUCUUCCAACUCUAUGAUUCUAUGAUUUUAUGAUUCUAAGAAGUGAAGCUACAGGGAACCAGGCAGGGGGCCUUCUUAGUAGUGGCAUCCACCCUGUGGAGCAUCCUCACAUCAGAUGUCAAGGAGAUGAGUAACUAUAAAACCUUUAGAAGACAUUUGAAGGCAGCCCCUGGAUGGGGAAGCUUUUUAAUGUUUAAUGUAUAUGUUGUUAGCUGCCCAGAGUAGCUACAUUCAGAUGGACAGGAUAUAAAUAAUGAAAUUAUUAUUAUUAUUAUUAUUAUUAUUAUUAUUAUUAUUAUUAAGCUAAUGCUCCUGAGAGAACAAAGGGUAGAAUAAUCUCACUGGGCACUAGCAAUAAAAGGCAGAUCAUUUGGACAAAAUGUGAAUAAUGAGACUGAGAAAUAAAUAGAAAUAUGGUUUGUAGCCAAUUAAGUCCUACUCAGAGUAGACCCACUGAAAUUAGUGAAAGUUAGUCAUGUCCAUGAACUUCAAUGGGUCUACUCUGAGUAGGCCUAGCACUGAUCUGAACUUGUGACCCUUUAGAUGUUGUUGGUCUUUUAACUCCCAUCAGUCCCAGCCAGCAUAAGCAAUGACAACCAAAGGUAUCAAGUCAGAUUUUAAUCCCUUUUUCUUAAAAUCUGGGUCAGCAUUAGUUUUAAGUGAUAAUAUCCAUAUCAGUUUCAGGUUGUAUUAGCUCUCCGCUGCCUAAAAGGAUUAUUGAUGCUAAUGUGCACACUACUGUAUGGAAAGAAAGAAAUUGGGGGAGGGCACACGCCCAAUUUGCUCAUGGGCAUUACUUUUGCGGAGAGGAAAAAAUCAUAGCAGAGAGCAGGAGGACAGAAGGGCAAGCUCCACUCUUGAACCUUAAUAAACACGGAAGAACAAGCUGGAAAGCUGUGGCAAGAGUAAAUUGCAUAGGCACCACAGUUGAAAUUAAUUAUACAAUACUGUGCUGAAAACACAAAUGAAGAAAGGUGAACUUUUGGCACAGCCAAUCCACAGAAGGUUUAUGAAUAAGAAUGGAGGAAAUCCAUCCACACUUACAGUCCACUAGCUUUUUGAAAAACACACGUGCUCAGGAGAUCUGCCACUAUUAUAACCAUACCGGGGGGCGGUGGAGAGAAGCAGCUUCUUUCUCUGCAUUAUUUAAUGUUGCUUGUUUCCCAACAUUUAACACAAGCAGUUAAUAUGUGAGUAAUAUUAAUAUUUUGUCUAGGCUCGCAAUACUUCUAUAUGUCAAGUCAAUCAAUCUUGAUGACUGGAUUCAAGAAAAUUCUCUAAUAUACAUGCAUAUAUAUAUAUAUAUUCAAAUCUGCCCCCUAGAAAAGUUACUUUUUGGCCUGUUCAUUUGGGGUUGAGAUCACCUGAUCACGUUGCUCGGAAUCAUGCUUCUAGUUAUUCAUCUUAAUGUCUAAUACAGACAAAUGGGACUGUGCCUCCUGGCUGGUGUCACACACCUAGCUCAGUGGUGGAGCUUCAUGCUCCAGCACUGGGGGGCGUCCUGGGGGCGUGGCGCACAUCCUGGGGGCGUGGCGUGCUGCCUGCAGGGGCAUGGUGCCCAGCGCAGCCGGGGGGCAGCCGCGAUGGCACCCCACUGGGGUCGCGCUGCCGGGGGUGGUGCGCUCUCCCCGCACUCCUCUUCCUCUGCCAGUGGACAUCUAUAUAUUGGGUAAAAAUCUCGAGCGGGUACUGACUGUUUUUGUUGCAGAAAAAAACAAUCUAUUCUGGUGGAACUUCUACAAAAUAACAACAGAAAUAAAGUUGCCUCCGAGUGGCGCAAGCCAUGCACCAACAAAACGAGUGCAUGGUAAAACAUUUCAAGAAAAGGGCCACAUCUUCCGGUCUAGGGCCCAAGAAAACCUCCAAGAAAUAACUAAUAAAUAUUUUCCUUUAAUGUAUAACAAACAGUUGAACCAAACAAUUAUGUAAACUGGAAAUGACCCAAAAUGCUAACAGUUUGGCAGCCGUAAAGUGAAAUGCAUUGUGGUGGCACAUGUGCAUUUGUGUCUCCUCCUCCUUUCCACAAUAAUCUGCACUUAAUAGGAAUAUUUUAAACUAUGUAGCUAAGCAACAGAGGUAAUUGUUGCUUUCUAGAGCUUUUGUUAGGCACUCCACCAUAGCCCAAAUAUGCAUAAUUAGGUAUAAUGUCUAUAAAUCAUUAUUGUACACAUGUGGGUAGUUAAGUGGAUUGAGAGAAUAGUUCAAUGAAUUGGACAUAUUCACUGAAAAUGCUUUUUAUUUGUUUUCUGUAGUUGAUAAUACUUUGAAAUUAUGAUAACCCUUUACACUUUCUCUUAAUAGCUCACUGUUGUUGAGACAAAACUUCAUUUGCAUUUUUAGAUGAUAUUUAAUUUAUGAUUUAAACCCAGAGUUGGUCUGACAUGUAUUCUGCAAAGAACCAGACUGUCUUAUCUAUUUUAUUGUAAGCUUGUUUAUCUCAAAUUUUCCCCCUCUAGGAUGUAAAACGUAGACCAUUCCAGUUUAUGUUGAAUACAUCCCAACUAAAGAAUGCACCCUAUAAUCAGCAUUAUUGAAGGGGCUAGUGUUGUGGCUAAAUUCUUCCUUUCAUCCAAAAAUGCUUUUAGUUACUAUGGUAAUAUUUACUUGAUCCUGGCAGACCAGUGUUGAUUUUAGGGAGAUAAUUACCAGAAAGAAAGAUGAUGGAGAUGUAUUUUGGAGUGUCCUUGUCAGGGGGGGAAAUGUUUAGAAAAAAAACUAAAUGAGACACAAAGGAUUUAUUGUAUUUCAGCAUUUGACACCCCUUUCCAAUAGCCUUUACUACCUUCUGUUUCCUGCUGUGAUUUCAAAGAAAAAAAUGGUUUCUUAACACAAGAUACAUGCGUAUUUUGCCAUCCUUUAGUAAAAAUAGAAAUCUACUUUUAAAAAAAAUCUCCCUUGUGAUCUAAUAUAUUCUUUAGUUCUAUGACUACCAUGACUGCUUCUAACAUGUAUCCUGUGAGCUAUAGAAUUACAGUCUUUCAUUAAACCAAAAGUGACCCAGAGCAUUCAUUUUAUAUAUUUAAAAAAAUCUAUGAAGAAGAGAAGGAAUGUUGUUGUUGUUUUGUUGUUGGGUUCUUCCUGUUGUUGUUCCUGUUCCUAUUUCUUUACUACCCACCCUUCAUAAUACUCCAGGGUGGGUUACCACAAUUUACAAUAAAACACUAAGAGCAGUUUAAAAAGCAAGGGAUGCAACUGUAGGUGACACUGUUACAUUUAUCUGAUAUUUUUUGAAAGCUUUGUUUCAUCACAGCAGCAAGUCAACACCUCCUCAGUGAAGAGCAGAUACCUUACCCUAACUUCAGGGCCACUACUGCCAUCAAUCUAUCCUUGCAUGUUUACUGUAGUCUGAAGCAGAAGGGAGAGAAUGGAUGGGAAUAUGGCGCUGUGAAACUGCUACCCAAUAUGGAGAUUCUUCUUCAGCAUAAAGUUAUAAUAGUACCAAAACCUUUAGCUGGGUUCAGGAUAGCUUUAUUCUGCCCUCACAUGUUUCAAACUACAUUAGAAUACUGGAGAAAUAAGCACUUCAGUCACUGCAGGCACUAUGUUCGUCUUCCCCCAUAGCUUUUCAGACUAUGGUAGAACUAACAGCCCACUUUUUGGAAAUAUGUCCCCAUUGAUGUCAAUGAAACUAGGAGCAGCUUCCCAAGUACAUUUAGUGCAGCAGCAGCAUCCAAGGAUUUUGUUAUAUAUGAUAUUCCAAACCAUACCCAGGCAACGUGUCUUUUUCUUGUAAUGUUUAAAUUAACAUGCCAGCUUCAAACACGAGAGAGUCAUGUAGUAAAGUAGUUGUGUGGUACUUUAGGCACGUUCCAGAGUCACAGCCAAAGUUCUAUUUACUGCAAGGUGUUCAUGUGUGAAAUGGGUACAUGCUGAAACGACUGCACAGUUGUUGCAUGGAUCUGCUCUGUAUAUUCACAACACAACAUUCUGGUCAUUUGAAUUGGUCAGAUAUAGUAUAUAUUUAAAGUAUGCUCUACUGUAACCUUCCCCAAGUUGGCACCCUCCAGAUGUUUUUGAGUAUAACUCCCGUUAGGUCCAGCUACCUUAGUUGAUGGUUAGGAAUGAUGGGAAUUAAGAACAUAGGAGCCUGCUGGAUCUGGUCAGUGGCCCAUCUAGUCUAACAUCCUCUUCUCACGGUAGCCAAAUACCUAUGUAGUGGUACCUUGGUUCUCAAACUUAAUCCGUUCCAGAAGUCCAUCCCAAAACCAAAGCGUUCCAAAACCAAGGCAUGCUUUCCCAUAGAAAGUAAUGCAAAAUGGAUUAAUUCAUUCCAGACUUUCAAAAACAACCCCUAAAACAGCAAAUUGACAUGAAUUUUACUAUCUAACGAGACCAUUGAUCCUUAAAAUGAAAGCAAUAAUCAAUGCACUGUACUAUAAAAUAAAGAAGACAAUAUAGUAGAUGACAAAAAUUUUAAAAAAAUCUUAUCUGCAUUGAUAAUAGCCAUUGUUUGGAUUGGGGGCUUUUAUCCAUUCACACAAUCUAUCAAUCAGUAGCUGAACUGGGUACCACACAGUCACAAAAACAAAUUAACUGAAAAAGCAGCAAAAACAAAAACACAAAUCAAUAGCAAAAACAAAAACAAAAGUGCCAAACUUAAUCCAUUCCAGAAGUCUGUUUGACUUCCAAAAUGUUCAACAACCAAGACACAGCUUCUAAUUGGUGCAGGUGCCCUGUAAACAAUAGCCAACAGCUGCAUCGGACAUUUGGCUUCCGAAAAACGUCUUUCUUCCGGGUUUUCAGCAUUGGGGAACCAAGACAUUUGAGUACCAAGGCAUUUGAGAACCAAGGCGUUUGAAAACCAAGGUACCACUAUAUGAAAAAUGCAAGCAGAACCUGAGCACAGUAGCAUUCCACCCACAUAAUUCCCAGUAACUGAUAUUCAGAGGCAUACCGACAAUGUAAUUAUAGUCUGGAGGGAACCAGGUUGGGGAAGUUUGCUGUACUACAGAACAUGUUUGCUCAAUACAAUUCUAGUUCAUGUUCAUAAAACAGAUAUUUAUCUUGAGCAAACCUAUCAUUUUAGAUUACUUAAUAUGAAUGAGACUAAUUUAUAAAUAAGUGGCUUGUGGAUUAUGGUCAAAGAAGAAGGAAUUUAUUUUAAUGUUGUGCUUUUCUCUCUUUUCCCUGCCUCUAGAGGAGACUAAUAUAACACCAGCAAAAGCUACCCCUAAUUUGGAUGUGCAAGAAAAUGAUCAAAUGACGGACAAUUAUGCCAGCUACCAGGACCUAAUGGCCAAAUCUUUAAUUAACUUUGAAAAAACAGAGGAAGAAACUCCAGACCCCCCAGAGAAUAAUAAACUGAGUGACAGUAGCAGCAAGUCCUUAGAAAUGGAGAAUAACAAUGUUGAUGAAUGUUACAUGAUUAACUCAUUAGUAAGAAAAGACAGAAUUUGUGUUUCGGACCCACAGUUCUGCUCCUCUGAGGAUAAUGAAAGUAGUUCUGAAAUUCUGGACAAUGAAUGGGAUAGCUCCUCAAAUUUCUCUGAAGAGAUAUGCGUCAAACUUCCUCUAAAUACAACAUAUAUUGUAGGAUGUAAUCAGCAAGAUGUCCUAAAAGUGCCAGGGGUCAAAACCGAAGAAGCAGAUUUCAACAACUCUGAAACCAUUUGUGACUCAGAUACAGGGCCACUAGAAUCACAGGAGUCGCAUGUUGAAUCAUUCAGCAACAGGAGUCAAAAUCCAUUUCCAGACAGCGAGGAAGAUGAGUGUCUAUCAGAAAAUACAGAAAUAUCAUUUGACUUGGAUAAAACAAAACAUAACUUGAGCUUGCUGGAACGAGCAAUAGCUCUGCAGGCAGAGCAGGGCCAUGUCUUUCAUAGCACCUACAAAGAACUGGACAGGUUCUUACUAGAGCAUCUUGCUGGUGAAAGAAGACAAGCCAAAGUGAUUGAUCUUUGUGGUAGACCAAUCUAUAACAACAAACGUAAGUUCACUUUCCUUCUUCAGAGUGGAUUGUGCAUUUGUGUAGACAGCUGGUAAUUUCUCCACACCAACAGCGCUCAGCUGGGAGAAGUGACUGCCAUGAACCUGGCCUGGCAGUGGUGUCCUAUUGAAUUCCAGCAUAGUAUAUUGGUAGGGCAGAGCCAAUCUGGCACUUCCAUUGCUGUUCCCAAACUCCCCUGAGCUUACUGCUACCCUGCUUUGGUAGCUCACCAUUUAGUACACUGUGGUGAUGUCACUGCCAGGAGACAGCAAUUCCCAAGUGAGAAACCACUGGACUAUGUGGUUCAGCGAGGAAUGUAUAAGGUUGUUCAGACUGACAGAACAAUAUAAAAAUUAUGGUAUGCAGUUACCCCAAAACCCUAUGUGUUUGUGCUUCUGCUGUGGUCUGAAAACAUUGUGAGAGUUAGCAAGAUUUCCAUACAAUGUUUCAUAUACACAUCCAAGAACUGCAAUGUGCUAUACAUGGCACUGCCUUUGAAGAUGGUUUGGAAAGUUCAGCUGCUGCAGAAUUCAGCAGCCAGGUUGCUCACUAGGGCAAAAUGGUUUGAGCAUAGAAUACCAAUCUUGGCGCAACUGCACUGGUUACCAAUUACUUUCCAGGCCCAAUUCAAAGUGCUGGCUUUGACCUAUAAAGUCUUAAACAACUCAGAGCCACAAUAAUUCAAGGACCACCUCUCCUCAUAUGAACUGACUGUGAUCAUCAUCCUCAUAUGAACUGACUGAUCAUCAUUUGAGGCCCUUCUUUGUGUGCCUCCUCCACAGGAGGUCCAGAGGGUGGCAACAAAGGAACAGAAAUUUUCUGUGGUUUCUCCCCAUUUGUGGAAUGCUCUCCCCGGGGAGGCUUGCCUGGCACCUUCAUUACGUAUCAUUAGGUACCAGGCAAAAACAAUCCUAAUUAAUUAAACAAACUAUGGCCUUUUAUACUGGGGGGUGGGGUACAGUUUUUGUUUGUUAUUAUGUUAUGUAUUAUUGUAAACCACCCUGUGAUUCUCAAAUGAAAGGUGGUGUAGAAAUUUGAUAAAUAAACAAAUAGAAACAUAUUCUACCGUAGAUUUGUACUGGGUGCAAUGGAAUGAAUUCAGCUUCUAGUAGGCAGUCACUUGCAGAUAAUAUGAAUUUCAAAGUGUUCCUAGUUAGACUUUAAUCCUCACCACUAUAAUAACCUUAGCUUAACAAUGAUGCCUCAGUGUUUAGAAUACCAAACUCUUACGUAAAUGGAGGAUACUUUAGGAAAAACUACCCAGCGAAUGAAUGGAUGUAUUUAAUUAAAUGCAGUGCAACAUAUUACAAAAUAAAUAUCUCAUAUUGUAUUAUUUCUGUAUAUUAUAUUUAGAUAGCUUUACAUAACUUAACAGGUAAUGCAGGUCUAUGUAUAAUAAGGGUAAAUAACCCCCUGUUGAGAAUAGCAGGUUCCCAUGUGGCCACAUAGGUCCUGUUGAACAUUUCUGAUUUCCAAUUCUCUUCCUCUCCCCAUUCCAUAGCCAGUUCUAUUAUUUCUCUGUUUUUCCGGCAGCCAAUGUCUUCUUAGCCUCUGCUGCCAUGCUUUCUUGUGCAGUAUGAGCCUUGUUAAACCAAUGGUGUGAUCAGCAUCAGGGAGGGUUUAUUCUCUGAUGCUGAGUUACCCAUAGACUCUCCUGGUUUGGCUAUGUGCUGCAGUGGCUAGUAAUGGAAUUGAUGACCUGGAAAUGGGAUGAGCACAGGAAGAUCCCACUGUGUCCAGUCUUGAACAUUAGGUGAAGCCAAAGCUGCUGGGUUAUAGGAUGUGAAGGAUAAAGAUGAGAGCCAGUAACAUACAGAAAGACUCUUGAGAGAUAUAUCCCCUUCAUUGGACUGAGGUUAGAAAAGUCCCUGAACUGGAAGCCUUGAAAAAUAAUGAUGGGCUUUCUUCAAGAAGGCUGAGCCCUUGAUGAUGCUUUAUCUGAUGGUCUUUUUUCCAUAAAGUGUUAUGAAGGCAAGAGCAUGAAGAAAGGUUGAAAAUGAGUUACUGGCUGAACUAGGUAGGAAGCAACACAUCAGGGAAGCUACAAAGAGAAAAACUUAAGAAACACAGACACAAACUUUCCUUGUGGCUUUGUCUAUAAACACAUCUAUUUGCAAGCUACUUGCAAAUAUCACAGUUGCCCUGAUUGCAAAUGGAUACACUGCGCUUAAGUUUGUUAUAGUUUGUUUUUGUUAUGUGGAUUAGAUAUAUAAGGAAAUAGCUAUACAACAUAUAAGGAGAAAAUACAACUACUCAUCAACAUAGACAAUAUGUGACAACCUUAGCUCACAUUUUUUCAGCUGUCCGAAUUUACCAGGAACAGUUUGUUUUCUGAUACCUGCCCCUGGAAAAUCUUUUAAUAUUCAAGGCUCUCUAAAGAUUUUAUUAUUAUUUAUUUAUUCAUGGAUGGUUCCAAUUUUCUUUCUCAUGACUCAAAUAUAUUCGCCAUUCCAAAACCUUCAGUUUAAACAAUUUGCUUAAAAUAAUUGAUUUAAGAAUGUUAAAAUGUGUGUAGGAUUUCAGUGUACUUAACACCUUGACAGAGAACUGCUGCGUCUUAAAACCAUUCUCUCCCUCUACAUAUGUAUUCAUGCACGCACACACAGCAAUGUUCCAUCUAGGUGACAAGACUUCAUUGCUAUUUUCUGCAGAUUUGCCUAGGCCUGAAAAGAGAGAGACCAAAUGUCCCAUUCCAGGAUGUGAUGGCACAGGGCAUGUGACGGGAUUGUAUCCACACCACCGCAGUCUUUCAGGUUGUCCACAUAAAGUUAGAGUGCCACUUGAAAGUAAGUACAAUUUCUUUAUAAUUUGCAGCCAAAAACUGUGUGUGAUUCCUUGAGGACUGUGGUCAUUUCUGCACUCUUGAUCUCUUUCCAUCCACUUGCCUCUCAGUAGCAUCGCUGUAGUGUUUUGUGAAUUUAUACAGCUACUUGGCUGAGAGUGAAGCCACAAUGGCUUCUUACAUGGCAUUCAUUCAUUCAUUCAUACCAGGGGUUUCCAACAUGGUGGUAUAACUCUUACUUGUGCGCGCGCGCUCUCUCUCUCUCUCUCUCUCUCUCACACACACACACACACACACAUAUAUACACACACACAUUUACUGCAGGGGUGUGGAACUUUUGGCCCUUCAGAUGUUGCUGAACUACAAUUCCCAUCAGCCUCAGUUAGCAUCAACUGUGAUCAGUCAUGAUGGGAGCUGUAAUCGGCAACAUCUGGAGGGCCAAAUGUUCCUGACCCUCCAUUUACAGAACCUAGAUCUGUCACUGUUGGAGAAUGUGUUCUCUCACCAGCAUCAAGCAAUACUGUUCACAACAAACAUUUUCCAUCUAAGGUUAUUCCAGUGGCACUAUUACCCUCCCCCUUUUUAAAAGAAAGAUAAACUGCACAUGCAUUUGUGCAGUCUGCUUGCAUUGAAAUCCGUGGAACUUACUAUCAAGAAACAGUGACUUGGAGAUCAGCUGGGAAAAACCUUGGUGCUUUAAUGAGCUGAGUUAUGUGCCCCAGCCAUAAAGCCUGGCUCCUCAGGGUGCCCUUGCGCCUACCUUCCCAAACAGUAGUCAUUUGUGGCAGUACUUCAUCUCAGGAGCAGCAGGCACAAUGAAGUGAACAAAGCAGUUUACAACACACUGCACUGCUAGGGCUGACAGCAGUUUACUUCUGAAAUGACUUUUGGAGUAAAAUAUUGCUGCUUGAGAGGGUUGUGAGAAGGUGCACCCAGUGCUUUUUUUUCUGGGGGUACGCAGGGGUACCCAUGCCCCUAAACAUUUUGUGAAUCUUUGUACUUUUGUCCAUUUACUGUAUUUAUUUUUCCUGAUUUGAACUAUAAAAUGGUGGUUUUCUUGAGUCAAAAUGAGAAUACCCCUAAACAUUUUUUUAGGGAAAAAAAGGCCUGGGUGCACCUAUAUUUUAUCCUGGGACAUGAGUUGUUCUCACCAGCCUCUGAUGUGCUUACAUGAUGGGAGGCAGUGGCAGAGCUUCAUGCUCUGGCACCAGGGGGCAGAGAGCAGGCGGGGGCGGGGCUGGCACGCAUCCUGGGGGUGUGGCACGCAUCCUGGGGGUGUGGCACGCUGCCUGCAGAGGCAUGGCGCCAAGCGUUGGCGGGGGGGCAGCCACGAUGGCACCCCACCGCACUCCUCUUCCUCCGCCAGUGGUGGGAGGUUGAGACCAAGGUUAAAGUAGGUUGAAGGACCCAACAAGCUUGGCAGGAUCAGAGACGCCUGCCAUCUCCCCUUCCUCCAGAGAUGUAUGACCAUGUAGAAAAUAGCAGGGUUGCUAUCCCUGAUGUAUGGAGUUCACAGUUCCAUGAAGGCCCAUGAUGGCUCAAACAUUUGGAACUUCUUGUUCAUGUAGAAAAUUCUUAGUUUUCUUUUAUGACUAUAACCAUGUGAUCAUAACUUCUGUACAGUGUCUCCAAGUUUUGAGUGAGGAAUUGCACUGUCAUGAUGAUAUGUGUUUGGGUCACUAUUUUCUUCUCUUUUUUUAGUCCUUGCAAUGCAUGAAAAUGUUCUAAAGUGCCCCACUCCUGGGUGUACAGGAAGAGGACAUGUCAACAGCAACCGCAACACUCACAGAAGGUAAAUCCUAGUCUGUUACCACUGGUGAUAAACUAGGCCAGGAAUGCAGAAACAGUCGACUCCAGAUGUUGUUGAAAUCCACUUCCCUCUACCCACAACUGGCAUGCCAAUGCUCAAUGUUGAUGGGAACUACAACCCAACAACAUCUGCAGGGCUACUGUUGCCCCAUCCCUGAACUAGCCUGUUCAAGAAGGGAACAUUUUAAUUAAUAUUUGUCACUCACGUUAUAUCAAAAUGGCAGCAUAGGUACUUGGCUUCUGCAAUCCUACCCCCAUAAAACCAUCCCUUAUACCCUACAAGUGGUAUCUGUAUGGUGUGUACAAUUUUAAGACACAAUCCAGCCAAAAUGAAGCACUUCUAGAUUCAGUGUUUUCAGUGGUAGAGAGUUGAGCACAUAUUUAAUGGUCCCAGUGGCAUAUUUGAGAGUUAAAAGUGCUUAACUUUGACUGGAUUGUGUCAAUUUACUUUAGUGCAGUAUUGAAAAUAUUAGUGUUUAUGGAUAAAUGCAAUAGAAAUAGGUUCACUCAAUGAUCAUAAGCUAUUGAAACCAAUGCUUAGAGAUAGGGUGGCUAGCCUUUUAGGGGUGAUUGCUCUCUGGGGGACAUGUGCCAUGGGUGUGGGUAUGUCUAAAAAAGUGAGCAUGCACAUAUUACACACUCAUCAGAGCACACACACAUUCAGAGAGGGGGGCCCUCGCACUUCCCAGCAAUCUGUGCAGAUCAGAAGAAGAGCAAAGGUUAGAUCCCCCCAUUACAGUGCUGGUCAGAGAGGAAACUCUGUCUUGUCCAGUACCAAGAUUGAGGGGGAAAUAUUGCCCUCUGCUCUACAGAUCAUUGAUUUGAUGAGCAGAGAGGGCAUGAUUUAACUUUCUCCUUCCAGCCCAGUGCGGCAGAGGGACUUGCUGCAGAUGCCGUUGUUGCAUUUCUGAGUUCUUGGAGGGCAGAUGAAAUUGCUUGGGUGAGGGUAGGGAGACUUGGCUAACAGGCAGGCAGCUCAUCACUUCUGCCCGAAGAGACAGGGAAGAUCUACAUAAAUGUGUGCUGCCCACUCUCUGAUAUUAUUUUUUACUUUUGCUUUGAAUUGCAUAUUUGUAUAUAAGUUAAAUAGUUGUGUUGCUUCACCUUAAUUAACAACUAGGAACAACAGGAAUUAUAGCAAAUUCCAAAGGAACACAGAUAAAACCAAUUUUAUGUGGUGAAAGCAAUCUGAUUUGAUUCCCUUCAGCCCCAAAUGUACUUCUUCUGACUUCCUCAACAUAUGUUCAGGUUAUGAUUCAUCAUGAUUUUAUCCAACACACCAAAAUCAUUGAUACAUUUGGCUUGGGUUGACUUCACCCCAACAGAAAUAGAUACAGAAAUGAGCAUUAUAUUAUGAAUAUAAUAUUUACACAGCCAAUUUUACUGCUGGUGAAGGUAGCGAAGGGCAGGUGAGGAGUUCACAGCCCAGGGCUGAAGUAUGAGUGGAUGAGCAAGGGCAGCCUAACAGGGCAGGUAUUAAGAUUCAGCAUCACUGGACACAGAGGGAGAGGUCAAAUGAAUGGGCAGCAGUGCCGGUAGUGAGGACAAGGGCAGACCUUCCUAUUGAGAACAUCUUGCUCAAGAGUGCCCCAAACUUGCAACGAUCAAGGGAUCCUCAAAACAUGCAGAGGGGAGGAAGCCCCAGCAGGAAACAGAUGCCUGAGUUAGCUCUGGAAAGAGACAUGGUUGGACUUCCGUAAGCUAGAAUAGUGAGAUCUAGAUGAACCACAGAAUCAUGUGAGGAGUAUUUUGCUUAUGCUGCCAAAAUGCACUAUAAAGAUCCUAGAUCUUUGGAGAGAAGAAAUGCAGGUUUUUCACGGCUCCUCAUAUGUGGCAAAUCUCUUUUAAACAGUCUUUCUGGUUGUCCAAUUGCUGCAGCUGAAAAAAUGGCAAUGUCUCAGGAAAAAAAUCAGCAUGAGUCUCCCAAAACAGGGCAGUGCCAUGAUCAGGUCCACAGGUAAGCUUCACUUACAUUAUAACAUUAUAAUGUGAAAUGCCCUAAAAUAUUCCUGUUUGCUUUUUUUAAAAAAAGAAAUCAAAUCCAGUGUCCUGUGGAAGACACAGGAAAAUUGGAAUGAGUAAACAGAUUGAGGUGCAAAUUUAGCCAGCUAUUUCUGGUGUUUUGUUUUACUCUGUACAGGUCAAGUGUCUUUUCCCGCAUGGAGAACUAACUUUGUGACUCCUUUUCCACGAGUACAAAAUGCAUUAUGCAUGCAGUUAGUAAAUGGGGUAAAAACUAGCACAGUAAGGACUGUGCAUGCUCAGUUGCCACAGAAUGCUAACUAUUGUAGGGAAUGGAAAUGGGAAAACUAGGUGGGAGGGGGAAUGGGAUGGAGUAUCCUGAAGGAUGGCAAGCUGGAGUACUAAACAGGAGCACUCAGCACUGCAGCAUUUUUGAAACCAUACUCACUAUUGUUCUUUCUUAUUGUUCCCUUCAUUUUCUCUGCAGAACAAACUUGGUGAAGCAACUUGAGAUAUCUCAGUAUAGCUGCCGAUCUGCUCAACCAGCACCAUCCCCCAGAACCUCCUUCAUAAGAGAGCAAGAGAAAUGUGGGAAAGUACCAUUUGACUAUGCUAGUUUUGAUGCCCAAGUCUUUGGCAAACGUACAUUGGUGCCAGCUAUGCAAGGACAAACCCCGCCACAGUUCCUUGAAUGUAAGUGGAAGGCAGACAAAUUCAAUCUCUAUUUCUAUAUCAGCUUGCAUGAAUAUACAAAUAUUAUUUUAUUGUGUUUCCAAAAUUUAUAUUCUGCCUUUCAUUGCAAAAAAACUGUUUCAGGGUGGAUAAUAACAUAACAACGUUCUUGGAAGCAUAAAAAAUAUGCACAUUAGCAUCUAAAACCAAUGCAAUCCAACCUUAAUUGGACAUAGCCUAGCAUAGCUAAGCAGCACUGGUUGACCAAAACAUUUCCAAACAUACCAUAGUAGGGUGAUGGGAACCAUAUUUUACUGGACUACAACUCCCAUCAUCCCUGACCAUUGGGCAUGCAGACUGGAGCUGAAGUCUAACAACAUAUAGAGAGCUCUUGGUUCCUCACCUUACCAUAGUAAAGGAAUAGCUGGUCCCAAUCACACAUGCACAGUUAACAACUACUACUACUACUACUACUACUACUACUACUACUACUACUUAUUAUUUAUACCCCACUCAUCUGGCUGGGUUUCCCCAGCCACUCUGGAUGGAUCCCAACAGAAUAAUAAUAAUAAUAAUAAUAAUAAUAAUAAUAAUAAUAAUAGAAAAGCGAUAAAACAUCAAACAUUAAAAACUUCAGUGCAUCCAAUACAAGUAAUCUAUGAGUUGCUUAAUGGACUGAGGUGUCCAGUAUUUAUUUAUUUAUUUUUACUUGAAAAUGCAGCACCAAACCUAUAUAUGGAAUGUAGCACUUGAUAUUUGCUUAUUGCCUGAAAUCUGUGACACUUGUUCAUAAUGAUUUAUAUUGAAAAUAACCCCAUAAAAAUCAAGUGGACAGGAUCCACUGGUCAGUUAAAAAUAGUGUUGUGAUAUUACACUCAUGAUCAGUGGUGGGCUUGUCCAUUAGGGUGAAUGGGGCACUGCCCCAGCAACGUCACUCUGCCCUUAGGUAGCCCCCAGAGUCUGCUGCAGGACUUAAAAUUAGUAAGGGAAUAGCUCUGUCUUAAAUUAGCUUUGGAUUCACCUACUGCUUGUCUCUCUGUCUUCUGCCCCACCAAUCUCAAUGGUCACCAUAUGCCACUGCUCAUGAUCUAUUUAGAAAAACUAGAUGAGUUUCAAACUAUUGUUCAGGUUUGAAUUGGAUAACGGGGGGUACACUAGUCUGACGGGUGAUGUGAUAUUUGUACUGAUAUGAGAGGAGACAGGUUGCUUUUUUGCUUCUGCUAGUGGCCCCUGACUCGCAGCUGGCACACAAGUUGCUCCUUGAAUUUGCAUGCAGAGCUGUGUGACAAAACUGCCUCUUCCGCCUCUCACCUUCCUGUCUCCAAAGAAACCCCAAACCUUUUUUUUAAAAAAGGCUAGGUUGAGGGUUUACCUGAAUUUAGAAACUACUUUAGAUUAUGCACACCACAAUCUGUCUGAAUGGGUUAGAUCCAGUCUUGUUCAUACUUAAGAUAGUCAUCAUUGAUUUCAAUGAAUCUACUCUUAAGCCCCAUUGAUUUUAGUGGGUCUACUUUAACUGUCAUCCUGUCCCUAAAGGAUUUUAUGCAUACUCCUUGUCAAAAUAUAGGGCUGGUAGGUUGUAUUUUCUCAAUUCAAAGUCAAUCCCCUCUGAACUGAAAAUCCUGUCUGUAAUCUGCCAGGCCUGAAGAAACUAUUCCUGAGAACCUCUGAUAUAUCUUUGUAUUGAAACAGCAAACAAGAUCCUGGACAAUAUUUCUGACAUUUCUUGGGCUGCCAAAAAUCUUGGCACAAAUGUCAUUACUACAUGACUCUUGGAGUCCCCUAAGAAAUAGCUGUUCGCAUAAUUUUUGAGUCCAGAGGCUUUGAAGCAAUAUCAUCUGGCAAUUUAAAGCUUUGGCUGGGGUCCACAGAGACAACUACACAUGAGCUGUGGGCACACCCAAAUUGCCAUUUCAGAAAGACACCCUUUUUAAAUGGUGUGAAGUCAAUAGGCAUUGUGACAACAAAGUGCAUGGGCACUUUACAAAAAGACUGCUUCCAGAGGCAAUUUCAGGGUGGCAUGACUGGUGCGGUCAUACUGGGUGCCAUGCUGCAGGGCACGCCAGACCAAUGCUGUAAAACAGAGCGGGAGAGGUGGGGGUGCCAAAUGUUAGUGUCACACAGGACGCUGCUGAAAUUUGAGAGCCCAAAGCCUGCCACUACUGCUGCUCUUCACGAAACAUUUCCCCUAGAUCAGGGUUAGGGAACACCUAACUCUCCAGAUGUUGCUGGACUACAGCUCCCAUAAUCUCUGACCAUCAGCAAAGCUGCCUGGGGCUCAUGGGAGUUGGAGUCCAACAAUAUAUGAAGGUUCAUCAUCCCUGCCCAAGAUUCUCUGUUUAAAUUGCUCAUAUGCCUAAUUUCUAAACCAUUUCAUAAUAAUAAUAAUAAUAAUAAUAAUAAUAAUAAUAAUAAUGGCAGCCAAGGAAUUUAAAAAGAUGCUUUGGUGUCCUGGGAAAGGGAAUACCUUCUGAAAGGGAAACACAGUGGAGGAAAAGGAAGGAAGUGCCACUGAAGUAAUUGAAUUUACUUCUGAGGUGACAUGGGGCGCGCUGUUGGCGAACCCUAGCUCUGUUUUCUUGAUUUUUAAUAUAGCUGACACUUACAGUAUGCUCUAUAUUCAUUUUUCUUAUGUAUACUAUAAUUAACAUUUGUUAAUUAUAUUUUAUUUAACUGCUCCAGCCUUCUAAGAUUCAAACUGAUUUCACAAGAAGAGCAAAACAUUGCAGUAAACUUGAGGCAAACCAUUUUUGGCUACAACCCAGCAUUGUUAUAGCUUAGGCCGAUUAAUUUUGCUUUGGUUUUCUAUAUUAUAACUCAGAGUUCCAUGGAAUUCAUCAUGUUUAUGUUAAUAAAGUUUCCAAGCCCAUUUGUGUUUAAAUUACAGCUGAGCCAAAUAUUGUUUGUUCUUUAUUCAUCCACCACUGGACUUGAUGGAAGUGAAAGAUUUCUUGUGUAAGGAGUGAUUAAGUCUUGAGGAAAGGACCCACAAUUUAGGCUCUCACUGAAAAUGGGAGCACCUGCACAUUUAUAAAGCAACUCUGGGUUUCUUAACUAAUCUCAUGAUCUCAUGUUUUAAAUGCAUUCAAUUCUGAUGCUUCUUAAUAGCAAUGGUAGAGCUCCCAGUAAAAAACAGACUUACUUUAAUGUAUUAUUUGCCUGUUUUUAUUGUAUAAAAUGAUAAUACAUAAAACCCCAGUAUCUUUAACAGAGGGACAAUUGCACUCGAGCUAUUUCUAAUCAAAUCUCUUUUCAACAGCAAAGCAUUUUUCAAAUCCAGGGAAAUUUUCUAAUCGGCUGCCUAGUGCUAGCGCCCACACACAGAGCCCUUGCCAUGCCAACUCUUAUGGCUACGGUCAAUGUAGUGAAGACACCCACAUAGCAGCAGCUGCUGCAAUCCUGAACCUUUCCACCCACUGCAGGGAAGCAGCAGAGAUCCUCUCCAACAAACCACAGAGUCUGUCUGCCAAGGUAGGCAAGUCCAAGAACCUGGAGGGUGUGCUAGCUACUGAACUGUGUGAAUAAACUGUCUUUCAUAUUAGUGAUUGCAUUCAAUUCCUUCCUUCCCUUCCAAGAGCGAAAGAGAGAGAGGGAAAAAGAGCAGCCCCUUUUUGCAUGUUCUUUUGAAGAGAGAUGGGAGGGUGGGGGUAGGGGGAGAUAGCGGAAGAAAAGAAAUGCAAAAACUGUGCUGUGGAAAGUCACUAUAAUAAUAAUAAGGGAAGAAAGAGGGGGGAACUCUGACUCCAGAAAUGGUUUUUUGGAGAUAGUGGUGCAGAAUCUGUUGAAAUGAGGCUUAUUUGCAUGGUGCAAAUACUACUGCAAGUUACCAGCAUUAGUCUGGUUAUUAAAAUAAUAGAAAUGAGAUGGGGAGGGGCUAUCACAGAUCUCUGUUUUGCUGUUUUUGCUACUGAUAAUUCCACUGAAUAUUUUAAAGAGGUGAAUAAAAGGUGUGAUGCGUGAUGAACAUAGGGAAAGAUCAUUUGAAUAACCCAUUCAUAACUCUGCCUAUUUCCUUGUAAUCAAGUUUUAUUUUCAGGGUGCAUUAAGAGUUACAAAAGUAACCUUUGUGUUGUGAAAAACCUUGCUCCAUAGGGUAUGAAACACCUCUGGCUAUGAAACCUGGAAAACAAACAACUUCGGCCCGUUGUUGUUGAAAGCUGUAUUUAGUACCAUUGGAUACCAUUUAUAGCACCAUUAGGGACUGGACCAUGGUAUUGGCAGAAGCUCACAUAAUCCAUCUUGUAGACAAGAUAGACGGGAGCAGGGCAUGGAAAUGGGUGAUGAAUGAAAAGUGUUAUAGAAUGGCACAUACAACAUUGCCUUUGUACUUGGAGACAUUCUCUGGGACACAGAGAGAUGUCUGUUUAGCAAGCUUUCCACUGUGUAAUGCCGCAGCAGACUCAUAACGACAGGAUCUUGAGAGCAGUUAUUCUGGCUGAAGAGAUGCUUCUUCAGCGGGACUCCUGUUCCACAUAACUGACUGCUUUGCCUAGUGGGAAAGCUCAUCUUUUUAUCGCACGGGCAAAAUCAGAUCAGAUAUCUGAGGCCUGUCUUCAGUGCAUUAGAAUUUUCUGGUUUUCCUCCCCGCCCCCCUCGCACCCAACUGUCGUUGCAGCAGCCAGGUUCUCGGAGCCAACGAUAGUGACAUCCUUGCAUUCAAAGCCUGCCUAUCAAGACAACUCCAUUUUUAGGGCCUGGGGUAUGUUGCUGGCUAUCUCUGCAUCCACGGCUUUUAUUCACGAUAUUGGCCGAAGACAUUUUCUAGUGCUGGGCUAUGGCAGAUAUUACUUUGCCACCCCCACCCCCUCUUGUUGAAAAGGAGACUGGUGCCAGAGGCUGUAUUAAAUUGCUUCCCCUACCUUUGGCUGACCUUAGAAACAGACCUUUCUUGCCAAAGAAAGGUAAUAAAGGGACCAGGCAUAAGAUUAUUAUUGUUCUUCUUCUUCAGCUGUACACCUGUUUUGCGUUUGCCAAAAAAGCGGAAGGCAAUCGUAACCACUCACGGCAGCAUUUGGGGCAUAUAGGAGGUGGGUGGGUGUGAUUUUCAUCCAGAAAUAAUUUUUUUUUUGUAUUAAAAUGGUCGUCAGGCAUUGUCCUCUGCCAGCCUUCACUUUUGCCAAACUUCCAGCAGGGCAUGAUGACAACCAGUGGUACAAAAUAUCUGACAGAAGAAUGAGAAUUAGCUUCUGGCCAGAGUGAAGGCAAGCAAAGCUCAAAGAGACGAAGUAGCCAAAAUCACACACAUUCUUUUUAUUUGGUUUGGAUAGUGCUCCUUUUUAGGAAAUUGAGAUUUUUAAACAGAGAAAUGCAUACUGCAAUAGUCUAUGGAUGCAGGUGCCUAAACUAAAACAAAUUACUGAGGUUUGAAAAUAUAAAGUGAAUCAAAUACUGUAAACUUGUUUGGUUUUAAUUUGAUGAUCACUUUGUUUUUUUGUUCACACUGCACAUUAUUUUUCUUUUAAUUGCAAAGAUGCAUUUCAAGCCUGCGCACCACCUUCUCAAGAAAUGCCUUCAUUUAGUUUGGAUUUAAAAAUAAAAUAAAAUUGAAAGAGUAUAACUUUCUCUCCUCUCCAAUCCAGCUUUUCCAUGUGAACCUCCUAGCCCCUCAGAAAAGAAACCCCUACUGGUGACAUCUCCUCUGUAAACAUGAAUGAACAGCAGUGCUUUUGUGUAAAUUCUAUUUGUUUCAGAGUUACUUGUCAAUGAAAAGUUCUUGGUAGAUUGAGUCAUGAGUUUUUAAACAAAGACUGUGAAGUAACCUGCCAACAUCCAGUUAUUCUUCCUGAAGCCCACCAUAGCUCUACUUAUAUCUACUAAAAUAAAACAAAAAGGGAACAGCAACAUAAUUGGCAUUAAUAUAUCCUCUCUUUGGCCUUGCCUAUAACUAUCCUCUCUUUAAAUGUUAUCUAUUCUGCUCACCAUAAUGCAAGAAAAUAUAUUCUGGGUCUUGAGAAUGGGAUGGAUGGAAGGGUAGAAAUGAUGCUCACCAGCUUUCAAAUUCAAACCCCAGGGAUCAGGACAAAAAGCAUCCCUCAUUGUCUCCAGAUUGUCUUAUCUGUCAGUUUUAUUUCCUUAUUAGUAUGCAUUUUGGAACAGGGCAUCAGUCUCUUUCUCUCUUUUUUUAAAAAAAAUCCAGCUUUUGAUUAAAUCUGGGGGGAAAGCACAUCUGAAUGGCAAAAAAAGAAAAAGGGGAAAAAUCCAGGCUCUAGAAAUGAGAUUUAUUUCAGGUGCAACAUGUUUCAGAAUCAUUUCCUCCCUCGAGGGCGUGUUUCUUGCAGCAAUUCUCACCCAAGUGCAAGGGGCACUUUAGUGACUCCUCCUGACCUUUUCACUUGGUGGGAAUUCCUGCCAGAAACAUGCCAUGUGGAAGGAUCUGUUUCCAGAGGAUCUGUUUCCGGAGGGUACCACUUCAUAGCUGUAUUCGCUGGGUUUGCAAUACAAAAUUUAAUCCACAUUUAUACUAGGAACAUCCACCAAACACAAUGCUUUAAGGCAAUACAUGCUUUAAGGGAAAGGUAUAAUUAGCAGCAUAAAUAAAAUGAUCACAAAUAUAUUUUCCCCAAAUACAAUGGCAGCGAUAGUGGAAUCUAGGAAAGGCUCAGAGAUCUCAUGUGAUGUUUCAUAUAUUGUGUACAAACCUCUAGAAAUUAAUUUGGAUAACUGAAUCAGAUUGCAGAUAUUCUACAUUUGUCUACAAUCAACUGCAUGCAAAUAUAGUUAAUUACCAGGAAAAUUAAAAAUAAAAAUUAGAGUUGGUUUUGACAAUCCUGAUGCAUUUAAAUAACAAGAGCUAUCUCUCUUGUUUCAUUUUUUGGGUGACUGAAAGAAAAAUAAGAGAUUUAGCAAUGAUUCAGCCUUAAGCACCAAGGGUUGAAGUGAAACCUUUCAGAUUAACCCGUGGCACGUGGCCUUGUCCAACAAUGUGGCAAAAUGAUUUUUGGAGCUGUUAAGAUUCACAACUUCUACUCUAAUGCAAGUUGUUGUGUCAUGUCAUAUAGUAUCACAUAUCAAUCACAUCAAGACACAGUUUCCCCCAGUUUUAUCUUAUGGCUUAUGUGGCUGCCACUCAAAGAGGAAGAAACAAGCCGUACAUUCUGUCUUUCUCCUCUGAGCUGCCUCUUGCCAAGAAUUCUAUUUAAUGUUUGCGUGUUUUCCUCCCAACAUGUUUGGACAAAAUGACAUAUACAUACUGUGCCUUGAAAGAAAACAAAACAGAAAAGCAAACAGCACAAACUAGGAUGAAAAACAUAUUUGUUUUUCCUCUCUUUCCUUGUAUUAGUAAUAGUGAAGUUGACAAGUGAAUCAGAACUGUACCCAAAGAUAAUUUUGUGUGUGUGUGCGUGCAUGUGGGCAUUUGUGUGUGUGUGUGUGUGAGAGAGAGAGAGAGAGAGAGCAGUGCUGCCAGAAUCAAAAGAAAGGUAAUCUAAUUUUAAAGUUAUUCCACUGUAUUAAACACUAAUGGUGAUGUCCAAUUAAGUGAUACUCAGAGUAGACCCACUAUCACUCACUCGAAUCCAUUGAUUUCAGUGGGUCUACUCUGAGUAUCACUUAGUUGCAUACAACCAUAAAAACCACAGAAAAUAUUUUUUUAAAAAAAGAAAAGAAAAAGAACUGCUAAGUUCUUGUCAGUUGUCCCAUUGUUUUUGGACCCAUUGGUCAGAACCCUGGGAACACUGCUUCCUGAGGAUCACUGAAAUACGUUACAUAGUAUAUAAUUAAGUCAGUGAACUUACUGCUUCAAGUUGUGGUGAUGGGCAUUGGCUCAGGUGUCUUUAAAGCAGGAGUACAUGAGGAGUACCUGGGGCACUUUCAGGGGUCCUGACUGAGUUGGCCAAGUAGGCCACAUUUGGCCUGCAGGCCAGAGCUUCACUCCUGCUUGAAAGGAAUUAGAAAGGAAUAUUUAGAAUUAAUAUUUGUUUGUUUGUUGGCUAUACAGUGGUACCUCAGGUUACAUAUGCUUCAGGUUACAUAUGCUUCAGGUUACAGACUCCGCUAACCCAGAAAUAGUGCUUCAGGUUAAGAACUUUGCUUCAGGAUGAGAACAGAAAUCAUCCUUCGGCAUUGCAGCAGCAGCAGGAGGCCCCAUUAGCUAAAGUGGUACCUCAGGUUAAGAACAGUUUCAGCUUAAGAGGAGACCUCUGGAACAAAUUAAGUACUUAACCCGAGGUACCACUGUACUUUGCAUUGGCCACUCAAUAAUACAUGUUCUCUAGGCAGUUCCCAAAAAAUAAAAUGACCAAAACAUUUUUAAAAAUACUAUUCAACACAAUAAAAGGUGCGUGAUUUCGUCUUUCUUUCAGACAGAUAAAAAAUAAACCAGAAAUAAUACAGUGUCCCUCACACACUCUAAGUGACUCUAAUCUCGAGAAAGAAACUUCAUGAUUCUUCUUAAAGUAUCGCUUACCUCCUAAAGACAUUCAAAAUACUUCUGGGCCAAAGCCUGCCCCCAAUUUCUUAAGAGUUUUCUGCUUCACAAAAGGAGCAUCCCCUUUUUUGCCUCAUUUGCAAGAUGCUUUGGGAUCGAGUCCAGGCAUCUGAAGGUGGUGUGUGUGUUUUCUUUCCAAUAAACAUUUCUCCAGUGUCUAGCAGCCUCCUUGGCUGCCCACAUCUUCUGCUCUGAAAAAGCCCCAUUGGGAGGGAGGUACCUUAUGAUACUUUCCCCUGGGUUUUAACUGAAGGGCAGGAAGCCUGGCUAAUCUGUGUCUGAGUUAAGAGUUCUCACUGAUUGUGUUUUUAAACGGAAAGUUUUCUCUUGUGCCUUAGAAAAAAACUUUCCUUUCAGAUUUCUUUAAAAGUAAACAGAUUUCACUUAACAAAUAAUAAUGAACAGCUGACAGAUGCUCAGUUGGAAGCCUUCCCAUCUUCCCAUGCUUACGGGAAACCCAGUCAAGGAUGUUAUGGGGUUUUCAGGAAGUGCAGGCACCCAGGAAGGCUGUUGAAUGCAGAUCAUUGGAUAAAUUAGCCACAGGAUGAAUGGACACUCACAAAAUUUCUGAGCUACCUCAGAAGUAAAGCAAUUGCAACAAAAAUCUGGCAACCCACCCAGGAGAGUUUCACCAACAAUGUCUCCUUGAAUUUUUUUGAAUGCAAUUUCUUUUCUUGUCAUUUGGUAGAGAAUGUUUUAAAAAAGCAGAAGGUAUUUUCAGCAUAGCACUAAUGUAAACACAUCUUUACUUUGACAGGAUGAAAAUAAGCUGUAUAAAUAAAGCAGGCAAUUCUAUCCUUUAGAAAUGUUCUUUACUCUCUGUUGAUAAUCACUUCAAUGCAGAUAUUUAAAAACAUUCGAACAAUAAAGAACACUGAAAGAUCCACUAGUAAGGGCAGGAUGUGGGUGGGGGGAGAGAGAGAGAGAAUCUGAUAGUCUUCCACCUGGCGUUGGUUGAGACUGCAGCAAAAGUUAUAGCAAUUUUAUAUUGGACUGAAUAAAAAGGCCAUGCUGUAAACAUGGGAUCCAUCCUCCUGUGAGCACAAGGGACUAUUUCUCUGUGACUGUAUUUGAUUGUUGUGUACAUCUGUGAGCACACUUAAACCCCAUCUGCACUCUUGUUACACAACCCGGGUAUUUUCUGAUCUGAAUUAGGUACAUACUCACCAACCCAACUCCCUUGCACAUCAGAAGAUAGCCCUCGCCAGUAUCUUCAUAUUCACAUCAACAAACGUGUAUUGUCUUCCAACCAAGCCUCUUUGGUGCUGCUAAAUGAGGCCAGAUUUCCAACUGUCAGAUGUGUUUCCUGACAUGUUUGGAUCUGUGAUUUAAUUUGAGAAGACUUUGACUGUUUUAUGGAAUUUGUUUGCUGUUGUCUCCUGCCUUCUGAGUUGCUGGUAUUUUGUCAGUGACAGAAAAUCUGCACUAUUUAUGGUUUUUGCACUAUAAAACUACUGCAUCCCCCAUUGCAUGGCAUCUUCUCCUAAGCCAUCUGUCACAGAGGUCUGGCAUUUUAUGUGAAUGUUGGUCAGGCAGACUUAACCCAAGUUUUUUUUUUUUCCCCUAUGAAAAAUGUCAGCAACUACAAUGUUUAGCAUUUUACUUUACAGUGGCCAUUAAACUUGAUUACUUGUAGCUCUGUUUCAUGGCUGUACUUAUAUAUCAGCUAUGAAGCCAAAAAAACACAAGGGUAAUCAUGGCAACAAUGUGCUCAGGUCCUGGGAAGUUCAGCUGGCAGUGAUACAGUUAAUAUCUUGGAUUUUUGUAAGUAAGGUUUUUUUUAAUGCUGAUAUAAAAAUGUAUUUGAUAUUAUACAGAUGGCAUAAGAUGUUGUGGUUACUAAGUUAUUAUCCAGGAUAAGCUGUACUGUCAAAGUCGGGGCUUAAAACUAUCACAGGAGAUUAAACUAUUUACUAAAAAGGGGCAAAAAGAUAUAACGAAAGCAUCUUAGUGUAUGAACAUAUUAGAAGUGUAUUUACUUCCCAUAAGUAUAAUAAAGCAUAUCUCUCUUUAAGCUGGGGGAUUGAAAAUGUGGACUUUGUCAUACGAGAGGAACAAACGCAAGAGUUUCUAACUUGCACUCUCUCGGGCAAUUGGCCUGAUUGUUUUCAACUUUUCAAAAGGAACUGAGAUGAACUGAUCUUUUUUUCUAGGCCUGUGUCUAAACAUCAUGCAGGCAUAACAUUUCCUGGCUAGUGCUUUGAGAAGCAGCAUACAGUGCUACAGCUGGAUCACGUUAGGUCAAAAUGAGUUAUUUUUCUCAGGAAUUGUUCUGCUAACUGGAUGCUGCUACCAGGAUUGUCUAUGUUAAGUGGUUGGCCUUCUUUCAAUCAACAUUGUACCUGACAUCUACAUUCACAACUGGAUGCCAUUGAGAUAUUUGCUGACUGUACAAAGUUUGAGGAACAUUUGACUCUCCUUUUGAUUGUGGGCAAUGUUCAAAACUCCCUCCCCUUUCUAGCCAACCAGCUGAGUUGUUUGUCAGGCAUGUGAGGUAAAGCGUUAGGCCAGAUACUGUUAGACAAUAUAAGACUUCCAGGGCCAGGCACAGCCACAGGAUUCCAUCAAGCAACAAGUUAGUCAUCCCAGAGGAGAAGUAGGCUGCACAUGGACUCACUUGACCCUUCAUUUCCAGGUGUUGGUUAUUUUACUCUGCAUGAUUUUACUCUGCAUUUUAAAGAAAUAUCUGGAAUAAUUGAUCCAAGAUGACUGGGUCCAGCUUUGACCAGGGAGGGUGGGAUACAAAUAAAAAAAAUAUUAUUAUUAUUUAUUAUAAUUGUAUGCCUGGUAUGUAACUAGUGCUUUGGAGUUCUGCAUAGUUCUGCUCUUAAGGAGAUGCAUACCCGAAACACUAUUCCACAUAUCACCCAUCCAUCCCUAAGCAGCAUUUGGCUGGCUACUGAAUCUCUCCAUUGGUUAAUUGCUCCUCCUUUUCCCUUCCACAGUUAGAAGAAAAACUUUCCUCUUCUUCUAGUCCACACAUCUUGGAUGUGUGAUAUAGAUUUCCCCAGUGAAUUUCUCUGGCUGUUCUGUUAGAUACAAUACAAAUGAACAGGCAAGGGUUUGUGGAAACUAUUGCCAUAGUGAAUCCUUGCCUCUUCUGAAGCUCUUUGGCCUGACUGUUGAUGAAGCACUGUGCCAUGAGGCAAAGUGAGUUGACCACCUCAAGUGACAGGAUCCACAGGGGCAAGAGAUCUGGCCUCCAAUGAACGCAUUGGCUGUUACUGUUGCUGCAGUGGCACACCCCUUGCAGGCCAGAUCUGUUGGUCUCCUCCUACCCUUGUUCCCAGAGUGGAUCUUUAUUGCCUCCAUGUUGCUGAUGUAGAUUUUCACUCACCAUUUCUUCCUUGGUGGGGGACACCAUUUUGUGGUAUGCCUCAGGUGCCAAAAUGUCUUGGGCUGGCCCUGAUCAAUCAUAACCAGACAAUCCAGUGCAGUGCCCCAGUUUUCUGUACUAUAACGUCCUGGGAGGCACAUGCCAUUUGACUGGUGCAGGGGGCAGAUGUUCUAACCUGUGUAGACGCUGUUGUACAACUACUAACUUAACUGGUAGAUUUCUCUGUACAAAUGAGAAGAGUGUGCUUUCGCACUGAGAACUUGCUUGCAGGCUUUGUGUAGGCCUCUGGUUGGCCACUGCAAGAGCAGGAUGCUGGACUAGAUGGUCCACUGCCCUCAUCCAGCAGGCUCUUAUGUUCUUAAUAAAGUGCAGCAGAUGAGAAAUAUGAUUCACACAUAACAUUCAGAGGCAUGACAGAGUUUGGCCUUAUGGCAGAAUAAGGGUGACCAUGAAGAAUAACAGCUUGCAUCUCAGUCCACAAUGGAGCUCUGCAUUUCAGGGAAGGACACAGUCUGGACCUCUUGAUUACAGUAAACCUUUUAAAAGUUCUUUAUAAUUCAAGCUCCAUUUGAGAUAAACUGAGAUUGUCACUGAUAUAUAAAAGACCCAUGACAAAUGCUCCCCUUGGGUCUGAUUUGUACAUUUGUUUCCCCUCCCCCUCUGAUACAGAUGUUGCAAUAUUGUGAGAGAGUGGGGGUGGAUGAAAUGUAAUAAUAAUACUGUUGAUGAGCUAAGCAGUGAAUUAAUGCUUUUAUCUGAAAAGGGAUCAUAGUUCUCUGUAAAAGUGAAAUGAUUCAGGAGAUUUAAUGCUAAACUUUUUUGUAAAAAACCCCCCUCAGAUUUAGUACAUAUAGUUUACAUUUAAGAAGCAUCUUAUUCUGCUUACUGUGUUUAAGCAUAGAAACAUGGAAAGAGCAUUAUAGAGGUAUCUCUUAAGUCUGCCUAAGAAUUAAAUAUUAACGGGUAUAAAUCGAAAAGCUGGUUUUUUAGAUUUAGAUAAAUUUAAAUAAAAGCAGGCAUUUCCACUUAUCCCUUAAAAGCUCUGCAAGUCUUAUUAUGUUGUUGCUGCAAACUGUUCACACUCUAAACAUUUCUCUCUUUCCCCUUGCGUAUCAGGGAGCUGAUAUAGAAGUGGAUGAAAAUGGCACCCUGGAUUUGAGCAUGAAAAAGAACCGGCACCAAGAAAAGAGUACUCCGCUAACGUCUUUCAGUACAACAGUUCCCACGCCUGCCUCUUCUCCCUUCAAAACAGGCAGCAUUCUGGUCAAUGCCACCUUCUACCAGGCGUUGUGUGAAAAGGAAGGAUGGGAUACGCCAAUCAACUAUAGCAAGAGCCAGGCGAGAAAGGGGGAGGAGAAAGAGGUAUAUUUUUUGUUUAUCACAAUACACCAUGGAGGGAAUUGUUGAUCUUGGAAUAAUUUAUUUUACAGUACCCAGUUUGAGCUAUGGCAGCUAGUACUCCACUCCUAAGCCCAUGUGCAAGUCAAUGGCACCAUUCAUUUUGGUGGGAGUAAGAAUGAGACAGUGUACUAAGAAUUAGGGUGCUAAUGAGGAUUUUUCCUUCCUGGCCUAUAGGAAGGAUGUGCAGUUAGAACCAUUAUGAAAGCCAGUGAAGUUAUGAUCCUGUAUCCAAUUACCUGGGAAUAAGUCCUAUUGAACUCAAUGAGGCUUACUUCUGAUUAGAUGCAUACAGGAUUGCAUUGUAAAUCAUGCAUUCUAGAAAGCAUGAUCAGUAUUCCUAGAAAGCAGCAUCACAUUUUGGGAACCAGUUUAUGUAGGGAAUAAUGAAAACAUUUUAAAUCCUUAAAAAAUAAAAGAAAGAAACUGCAUGGGAUUUUUCCAGCUCUGUAUAUAUGAUAUGAUCAAUAUAUAAUUAAAGUUCACACUUCCAUGAUAGACAUUAAGAAGUUAUGACAAUGCUUUAUCUCUGAUCUGCUAUGCAUUCAUAUUCUUUAUACAUCAUGAUUUAGAGAAAUGGUAAUUUUUGCUUUGCUAGCAAUAUCACUUCUUUAAGAGAUUUGAUAGAACAAUGAAGCUCUUCCAAAGGUUUUUCUCUCUCUCAGCAAACUCAACAUUAAAUCUUAGCAUUUAAAAUACUUUUAUUCAGUCCAACCCUUUGGCUACACAUCUCUUAUCCCUAGGAAAAUAUGAGGUCAAAAUAUAAAAGUCUCUGCUAUCCUGUGAUCAAACUCAUAGGGCUAAGAUUUGUGAAGUACAGACUUCCUGGAUUAAUGUGCAGGCCUGCCCAAUCAUAUGUAAAAUGGCGCUACACUUACAAAGCAAUGAUGUAGGGGCUGCAACCUCUGUCCACUGCUUCCCAUUGGCAUCCUGCAGCCUCUCCCCCAAGGUCAUUUUUUUAUCCAUUUUUUAAAAAAAUAGUAUUUAUUAAGGUUUUAAAUUUACAAAAAGGUCAUUUUUUUAUCCAGUCUGGUACUGACACUGGAAGUGAAUCUGGCUAGGGAGGGGCCAUAAAGGCAAGCAAUGAGCAAGAGCCCCUGACUAUCCACCCUUCCCCCCACAGACUUCAAAUUGCAUCUCUGCUGCCUGUUAAGCAUAAAACUAUGCUCUACAUGGGGCUCUCUUUUAAGGCAACUCAGAAACUGCAAUUAAUUCAGAAUGCGGCAGCUAGACUGGUGACUGGGAGUGGCCACCGAGAUCAUAUAACACCGGUCUUGAAAGACCUACAUUGGCUUCCAAUACGUUUCCAAGCACAAUUCAAAGUGUUGGUGCUGACCUUUAAAGCCGUAAACUGCCUCGGUCCUGUAUACCUAAAGGAGCAUCUCUGCCCCCAUCGUUCAGCCCGGACACUGAGAUCCAGCGCCGAGGGCCUUCUGGCAGUUCCCUCAUUGUGAGAAGUGAGGUUACAGGGAACCAGCGGAGGGCCUUCUUGGUAGUGGUGCCUGCCCUGUGGAACACCCUCCCAUCAGAUGUCAAGGAAAUAAGCAACUAUCUUACUUUUAGAAGACAUCUGAAGGCAGCCCUGUUUAGGGAAGUUUUUAAUGUUUAAUACUGUAUUGUGUUUUUAAUCAUUGGUUAGGACCCACCCAGAGUGGCUGGGAAAACCCAGCCAGAUGGACAGGGUAUAAAUAAAUUAUUAUUAUUAUUAUUAUUAUUAUUAUUAUUAUUAUUAUACUGGUAUAGAUCCAUGUUUAAAGACACAGAUCUGCUGCUGUCAUCUGUAGCUUGACCCAAAGCUAAUGCUCAGAUUUAGUCGUUAAAGAAACCAAGCACAUUUUUUUUAAAAAAACCCCACACAUAAGCCGCAUCCCAUUUACUCCUCUGUGUUCCUCACAAAGACACUAGAAGAGAACAUCAAUAUGCAUGUCAACAUGGCACAUCAAUUUGGCCUACAAUAGAAACUGAAUAGAAAACAAAAAAUGCAGCUGUGGUCCCCUGCCCACCCCUUCAUAAAUAAGACAAAUAUUUACAUAAAGUAAUUCAUCAUUUGUAAGAGAUACUGUACUAAAUUAUAAUUUAAACCUGGUGAUUUCCUUGAUUUUUGUUAUGUUCUUUUCAUUUUUGUGUUUAUUGAGCUUUGGCAGGAUGUUGUGGGGUGUUUUUUCUGCUUGUUUGUUUGUUUUCUUCCCUCCUCCAUCUUUUUGGCCAUGUUUUCCAUAGGAACUUGUUGCCAGAGCUAGGCAAAGUGGAGGUUUAUUUGGACUUUCUCUUAUGACAAAAAAAUAAAUAAAAAAUCAGCAUUGACCCUUUUAUGCCAACUGACUGACACUUUGAUAAAUUAACAGAAAUCAGAACAGUUUGUUCAGCUUUAUAUAUCCCUGUAACUUAGGAACGGUACAGACAAAAUGGCUGCCAGGUGGAGGCCAUAUUACUAUUUGCUGCCAUAGUGGUUUCAUACUGAGCAAGCUAUUUGUGGUCAAAAAGCAGAAAACUAGUGUUUCCUCUCCAUGUCAGUGAAAAUUUUGGGAGUGAAGAGUCUGUGGGAUGUUAGCAUCCAAAAUGCAUACGUAAAGGGUUAAUUGCAAGAGAUGUAGAACUCUGCGAUGUCAUAUGCCUGAGGCAGUUAUGGCAGUUAUUUCAGUUAUGGCAGUUAGUUUAAGAGUCUUAACAGUUAGAGCAGCAGGUAUGUUGUGUUAGGCUGUUGUCUGCCUCAGAGUUUCAGUCAGUCUGUAAAUGUUAGUCAGCCUUAGAUACAAAUCUAUGUAAGAUGUUUUAGCAACUUAAGUAUCACCUACCUGCAUUGUAUAUUUAAUCUGUAACAGCAAGUACAAAAAUUUAUAUGUUAUUUGAACUUCAAAACAGAGUGUCUUGCGUAAUUUUUAUAGGAAGGAAAAAGAGAACUAAUUAAAGGGCCAAACAACCCAGGGCUUUCUUCUGCAUACUCUGCAAACGGGAACUAAUUCCCACAUAGUAUGGGACAAAAUUCCUGAAUCUUUUGGAUAACUGCUGCAUACCAAUAUUAAACACAGAACAGCUACUUAAACUUGUGAUACAACUGCUCAGAUUUCAGUUCUAGAGGAUCACUGGUCCAUGUAGCUUAAUAUUGCUUGCACCAGAGGUAGCCAAACUGGUGGUCCCUCUACCACACAUGUAUAUUUUAACUCUGACCUGCCCCAGCUAGUCUAUGAUCAGGGAUGGUGGUGGUAGUAGAAGAAGAGGGCACUUCAUUGACUCCCAUGGUCAGCACUGACUAGCAAUGACCCUCCACGGUUUCCCAACCUGACUUGGGAGAUACCAGGAAAUGAACCUUAUACCUUCUUCACAGAAAGUAUUUUUCUACUUGCUUAGCCAUGACUGUUUCCUCAAAUAACAUGCUGCAAUAAGUCAGUUGCAACAAGCAACCAUUUUAAAGCUGUGCCUUCAUGCUAGUCAUUAUGUGUGUGUCUUCUGGUCCUGAGCAAUCUCACAGGUGAUAGAUUUUUAAAAAAAAACAAAAACAAAACACCUUGUGUUGAAGUGACACUCUCCUUAGGCAGACAAUUGCCAUACAGGCCCACUUUUUGUUGAUGUUAUUGUUUAGCAUCUUGCUUUAAAUUUGUGGCAGCAGCACCCACGGCAAAGGGGUUAGGAGAACCCGAGGCUGGCUGAAACAUGUUAGAUGCAAGUGGGUAUGAUCAGAGCACUAUACAGAAGCCACGAGGAAAAUAAACCACCAAAGAGUUAUGUGGCAGCUUGUGGUGCUUGUAGAGAAAAAGGACAAGGAUAAGCCGAUCUUGUUCCUAGCUUGUGACAGGGGUAGUAAUCGCAAGACAAGAUUGCUGUGUUUGUUCCUAUCUCUGAGGCUGACCUUGCUAAAGAAGUGCCUUAUCUUCCUGGGUCCUCAGCAGUUGUUGCAUUUGUGGUGAUGGAAGAGGAAGAGGAGUGUGUUCAUUGUGAGACAGAUGCUCACAUUUCAGUCUUACACAUACUAAAACGUUUGUUAAUAAAGAAGUCCUAAACCAGGAUAAUGAGUGAAUUCAAUAUAAAAUUACUUCAAUUCAGCUGGUUUUGAUUUGAACCCAUCCAAUGAACCAAACUCACAACUGGGUCCUGUUGCUGGUGAUAUGAGCCAAGUUUCCAAAAGGGCAAAUUGUUCCAUAGUGAAUCUAGAAAAUCCCUGGAGAUAGUUAUGGGGUUUAUCCAAUAGAUUGCAGCUGUAGAAGUAAAAAAUAUAACAACCCCAAAACAUUUCUGUGAAUUAAACAAAAGACUUUGGAUCUGAGUACAUAAAACCUUGAUGGAGACAAUACUGUAUACAAAAACUGCUGCCAAGAUUUUCAGCACAUAGACAUUCUCAGCUUAAAAGUUGUGGGUUUUGUGCACCACUCUUUUAAAAAAGAUCUGAAACUUUAACAGAAUACUAUUUCCUCACAAGUCAAGCUUGCAUCAUCCAACCCACAAGCUUCUUGAUCCUCCAAAGUCAACUUACUGUCUCUGAAAUGUUUUGGUUUUUUUAAUUCUACAGCUUUUCCAACACUAGAUAACAGCAGGAGUCUUAGAAACUUCUCAAAUUACAAGGGUAUAAGUUGCCUCAAAGUAAAAUAAAAUAAUCUAUUUUUAAUUUAUUUUCUGGUUCAUAUGCACAACAGUUGGCUGAUUUUGUUGGUCAUUUCUAGAAAAUAUUGUCUCCCUCGUACACUGAGAAAUGGCCUGUCCAGAUGCCCCUUAAAAAAAAUAAUCCUGAAUUUGGAAGAGGCUCACACUUUCUCCAAAAGGAAAGUGCUGAGAAAUAACUGGAGCUGUCAGUUUAGUUCAACUGUCAGUUCUCUAAAGAUUCCAGGGUUUAAAAUGUUGAAAGUGCCAGAUGCUAUUAUCUGUUAUUCGUGUUGUCAUUAUGUUCUGGUCUUUGCAGAAAUCAAUAUAAAUGUCCAUCUGCACAUUAAUGGAAUUUCAUUCAUUUAUUUUUGUCGUCCUGUGUGCACAUAGGAAUAUGCGCACUGGCAAGAACUCAACUUGAAACUAGUGGCGCUUCCCUGCCAUCCCCAGUAACCCCCCCCCCCAACACAUACACACAAAUACAGUCUGCAGUUUGGCAGACUGUUCUGGAAAUAAUGGGGAAGUUCAGCUUUUGUACACAUCCCCCCCACCUUUGUAAAAAAAAAAGAGCUCUUAACUGGAAGUAAGCUUGUUAUCAGUGGUACCUUAUUUCUCUGAAUCAACUGACCAUUUCACAGUAGUCGGCACUUGUGAUGCACAUGAAUGGCCUCUCAUGUUUCUCCUUCCUAUUUAUUGUUUGAAUAUUUGUGACCUGCACUUUCAUAGAAUCCUAUAAUUGUAGAGUUGGAAGGUACCUAAGGAUCAUCUAGUCCAACCCCCUGCAAUGCAGCUGUCCCAUACACAGAUUGAACCUGCAACCUUGGCAUUCAUGCAAUAUAUUAAGGUGGCUUACAGCAUGCAAUACAGCAUGCUUACAGCAUGCAAUGCAAUAAAAGCAAUCAAUCUAGGUAAAACAUAAUUAAAACAGCAAUAAAGCAGCAAUAGAUAAUGGCUGGUUAAAAAUUAAAAGAAAAUGUGAGGGCCUACCUUAAAAAGCACAGCUUUUAAGAGUUGUCUGAAAGAAAGCAGGGGCAGUUCUUGCUGAAGCUGCACAGGUCGUGAGUUCCACAGGACAGGGCUUGCUAUGCUAAAGCCUUGGUUCCUAGUGAAGGCAACUGAACCCUAGGGGCUGAAGCAGGGUCAGCCGAAGACAUUUUGGUACCUGCAGCGAAUCACAAUAUGGUGGGGGCCCCUCCCUACCAGGGAAGAAGAUAUGAAUGAAGAUAAGGAUCUGCUGCCAUCUCACCUUGCCUUGUGGGUGGCUAGUCUUGGGCUAGGUAAACCCCCAGAAGGGCUCCAUCAGAGAUAUUAUCAGCAGAAGAAUUAGGGGAGCAUUUUCACCAAACUUCUCUAAGGACAGGAGAAAUUCUCAAACCGUUUCUUAGGGCUGAGGCUUUCCAUUAGCAGUGGCCAUAGGCUGGCACCUUAACUCCUCCCACCCAAAGUCUUUGUUUUUGUCUUGCUGGUGUUAAAAGCAGCAGCUGCUAUGUUGGCAGCGUGGGCACCAUUUUUCACCCUGCUCAGAUGGGAAUGGUGGCCAUUGCACAAACAAAAGAUGGAGCAUGUUGUGAUAACAUUCUAAAUAGUUAUCUAAAUUCCCCUUUUAUCCUAGGGGAAAAGGGGGGGGGACUCAGAAUUGUACUCAGAAAUAGGUCUUCUGAAAAAUUUUGGUUCAGCUCUAGCUACCAGUAUUGUGUUGAAGAUAGAAGCACCUCAUUCUUUUCUGUUAUUUCAGAAAGAUCCUGCGAGCUGUCCUGAAAGCCUGGAUGAAAAAAGAUACUCAGAUGUCUCAGUUCCUAGUCCAAAAUCUAAGCUCCAUUCAAGAGAUCUCAAAAAGGAACUGAUCACGUGAGUCACAAAACAUUCCUUUCCAUCUUGUUAUCUAUGGGCUUGAGAACUCCACACACUGCUGAUUUGCCCAAGGUGAAAAAAUGCUGGACCUCGUCCCUAAUAUACACUGCAGAAUAUUGGGUGCCAUUACAUCUUCCUUUUUAGCGCUGGACUUUAAAUCUCUGGGUAGAUUUGGGGCAAUAGUCUCCUUUGCUUUUGGCUCAUGCCACAUAGCAAGUAUGAAAACUUCAGGGAAAUGAUCACUUCAUAAACAGGUCGUCUAUAUCCUGCAUGUAUUUUUCCGUGUAGAAGACUAGGUUUUUUUCCUUUAAAAUAAUGUCAAAAAUUAGGGGGCGUCUUAUACUCUGAGCCGUCUCCCACCAUUUUCUUAAAUCUGAAUCCCCCAAAAUAGGGGGUGUCUUAUACAUGGGGGCAUCUUAUAGAUGGAAAAUACAGUAGUUUCUGUUUGCUGUACCUGAAAUCAAUCUACAGGCAGGCCUGUUUGAAUGCUACAAUUCUGUGGGAACACAAAACAACAACAGAAUGUGUUCAUUGCAAAAAAAUUAACUUUGCCCAAGAAGAGCUUGGCUUCUAAUAGAGCAGUUGUUGAUAUGUAAUAGAGCAGUUCCUAAUCAGUCAGUUUCAUAUGAUCAAUGUAUCAUUAAUAGUUGAUAUUCUUUAUUUUUCUCUGGCAGCAUUCACAAGACGGUUUAUUCCGUUUUACACUUGAUCUUAGCCAAAAGGCUGAGAAGCGUUUCCGUUUUCACAAUGUUUUCCUAACUAUUAAUUUCCACAUUAUAUUUCAGUUUCCACAUGAUAUAUAAGCCACUUCUAGAAUAUAGUGAGAUAUAGCACAAGUUUAUCACUCAUUUCCACGUUAUUUGCCAACGGGUUUUUUUCUGGAAGCAAAUAACACAGAAAUGAGCACUAAGCUUGUGCUAUGUUCCACUAUAGUUCCAGAGCUGGCUUUUACACCAUGUGAAAGCCCAAACAUAAUGCAGAACUUAAUAGAUAGGAAGAAGUUGUGAAAAUGGAAUAAACAGCCACAUGAAUGCAGCCUCUAUCUCUGUUUUCUAUAAUUUCAUUUAUUCAUCACCAAAUACUUUGAUAUCAAUUCUAUGUCUGACGUUUGCCUUAUGGAUUUAGAAGCCCUCCUCCAGAUAUUACUGUUCCCAUGGGCCAAAUCUUCUUUGACACAGCAUGCCUCAAUCUAAAUCUAAAGACUGCUCACCAUAUUGUAUCCACACUUAUGUGUUAGCUUUGCCUUUUUUAAGAACACAAAUGUUGAUGAAGCUAGCAGAAGGAAAAGCAAUCAUUUCCCCAGUGACACUUUAUUUUUAUUUUUUACUAUUUAUUAAAUUUCUAUUUAAAGAUCUGUUGCUGUGUGACAUUAAUUCCAGGGAUCCACACAGCCAUUUACUACCUUAAUAACUGAACAUAAUUUCUUCUCUCUAUAGUUACAAUAACUCCAAGCCUUGUAUGGGAUUUUAAAACAUCCGUAAUACUUGCUCUGCAUGCUGAUGUGUACCCAAAAUGUGCUUGGCUACACAAUUUAAUUCAUAAACACUUAAGACUCGCCAUUUAAAGAUUCUAAAGGUAACACUGAGGGCAGAGGACAUUUACUAAAUAUUCACCGGCAGAAUAGGUAGUUUAGUGAGCAAUACAAAUGGCUCCAUCAUGAGGAAGCACCUAUAAUGACAAUAGCAAUUGUAAAGAAAAAUUCUACCUCUGAGGCUCAAUUAUAAUGAACUUUCUUCAUUAUAAAUAUAGAUUACAUAUUUUUUAAUAUUAAUGGUCUCUCUGGUGAUUAUAUUUAUACCAAAGCAGCUGUAUGACACAGAAUGGAAUAAGUUGUCUAAAUGAUACACUAGUUCUUUAAAAAAAAUAUGGUGCAUUCUAUGCCUGUUUUUAAAAUAUUACUUUGUGGUCCGUGCAUCAACAGUGUUUUGGGAGGAUUAACUAAGAGAAUAAUUUUGCUUCUGAAGAAAUAAAAAAGGAAUAGCUGAGACCAAAAUGCAGUCUCUGGAUUUUUCAAAGUAAUUGGGAUGGGGGGCUAACGAUUAACCUGUAGAAAAUUGGAAUAGGUGAGCCCUUUUCAGAAAAGGGCAGUUUCUCAUAUUGUAGGGCCCUCAAGUUCAUGAUUGUUAGUCCUUACAGUGUCUUGGUGAACUUGGGCCACCUAAAUCACGAGAUCACAUCAGCUUUUAAUAUCACAUAUAUUGUGAAUAUAUAGCAAGGGAUGUGAAUCCAGAUCCAUACACAACCUUUUUUAAAAACAUUAAAUUGAACUUUCCCCCCUGAAAAAAAAAUGCCUGUGGUGAAUUAAGAGUCUAUGGGCACCCAAUGCUGAACUAGUAUAGUGUUUUUACAAGAAUAUGAAAGUUACAGCAUCCAUGCCUUCUGAGAAUUUUCAGCUCAGCUUUGAACUCAUCUUCGCUGUCAUAAUAUGAUUGAUGUGAUAAGAAAAAGGUACUAUUAUGAAGUGUAUCAUUUCAGACAAAUGUAAGGAUCAUCUUCCCAUGCCUCUCCACAUUAUUGUGUAUCACUUAAGACAGCAUUUGGGCAUGGAAGCAGUACAUAAAUGAAUGAAUCGUAACACACUUGGAGAAAUAUUAGCACAAAUUAGGAAAUGUAGUGUGGAAACCCAUUGGAUGGUACUUGGCUAAAUUUUACACAGAGUAGACAUACUGAAAUGAAUAGCCCUAACUUCCUCAUGUUCAUUAAUUUCAGCGGGUCUACUCUGAGUAAAAUUUAUUUGACUAUCACCUAAGUUCAUUUUUUUUUUGUUUGCAAUGGCAUGAAGAAAAAUUGAUGCAAUCACAGAAAGGCCUGAGGGUAUCUCUCACUUACACUAAUAUUUCUUGGCACAGUAGGGCACCGUAUAUAUAUCUAUGGAUAUGUAAUAGAAGGGUGUUCCCAUUCAUGUGGGAAACAAUUCUCCAUCUUUGUAUGUUUAUCACACAGUUCAAUAAGAGAGAUGUACAACAACUGUAUGUGUACCUGCAUUUCCAUUUUAUUUCCUUAGGUGUCCAACACCAGGAUGUGAUGGCAGUGGUCAUGUGACAGGGAACUAUGCAUCGCACCGCAGGUAAAAAGUGAGAGCAAUUAAUAACAAAAUGAAGGCAUGACGUUGUGGACUUUUUACUUACAAACCUGUUCCCAUAAAAACACCCCGAGCAUUUUAGCAAUAAAAACAUAUAAAAACACAGAGCUGAAAUCCAGUACAGAUGCAGAUGGGGAUAAAAAUCUCCAUUUAAAAGGAAGGUCUCCAAUAAGUACCAAAAAUAUAACAGAGGCAGAGCUUGUUGGAUAUGUAACAGGAGAGUGUUCCAAAGGGUAAAUGCUACUAAAGGCCCAGUAGCACAUUGUGCUAAAUGGAGCUCCCUAUGCAAUGGUUUCUGUGAUGACCAAGGUCCAGCUUACAAACAAGUCCCUGUAGCAGUUGAAAUGCAUCAUCUGAGCAAGAAGGAGCUCUGUGGCCUAUGAGGGAUACACAGCUGUAUCAUCUACUACACUCUUCCUUCACAUCCCUAUGGGGAUGAAGGAAACUAAGAAGGGAUUUGUUUACAAGCGGUUGCUCUGUGAUCUUUUUUUUUUAAUUUAAUGGUUAAAUAGUUUUAGUGCAAUCUUUUAAUUUUUGCUGAGGUAUAUUCAAGGAAGCCUAUUUCAUUUUGUUUUUUCCCCUAGUGUUUCUGGCUGCCCGUUGGCUGACAAGACCUUAAAAUCCUUGAUGGCUGCCAACUCUCAAGAGCUUAAGUGAGUAUUAGUAUCAAAGGAGAGGGAGGGGUUUAUUGCUGUUCUCUUCCUACAUAUUUUACUUACUUCAAAACCCAGUCUGCUUGUUCAGCAACAGGAACCAGUACAGCUGCGGAGCAGAUGUUUGCUCAGCCUUUGGGGUAACAACUCCAGCUUCCUGUAGAAUGCACUAGUCCAGCUCUUGCUCCAGUGCUAGGUUUUGGUCAUGGACACAUGAUAUGGUGUCUUGGAUAUGGUGGCAAAGGGUGACAGGUAGCCAGGCAAGGGAAUAAACCUGGAUAGUUGCAAAUGCUCUCAAAGCAGGCCUAAAGACAUCUGUCUCCCUAUUGUCCAGAGACUGCAUGAUUAUUAACUCACUUCUGAAUUAAUUGCAAACAGGAAAACUCCACACUUCAAUAUUUUGUUACAGGUCUCAUAGUUAACUGUUUUUCCACAUGUGACAGCCAUGUCCAAAAGAGGGAUACUAACAGGCUUGGGGAAACUCCAGGGUUUGCAGAAGUGCAGAAAAGAUUCGGGAAAAUACUUUACUGUGGGACCCCAAAAGCAUAACUUGAAUAGAAACACUCUGCAGUGGAAUAUUUUGUUGCAGAUCCCACUUGUCAGUGUCUAACUUCUACACCUCUGCCAUUCUGCCCCAUACCUGUCCAGUUUGUCCCCUUUCACUCAUGCAGUCCUGCCAGUGUAAGAGGUAUAGCUAUAGUAAUAGCACCUCCCACAGGGACAAGGUUGUUGGGUUUGCACCAACAGGGAGUUGAACUGCCCUGGCUAAGGGAAUUUGGGAGCAGUCUUAUCCCGCCCAGCAGGUGUAAAUCAGAGGAAGGGGAGAGAAUCUUACUGUUUGUCAGGUCUUGAAGUAGAUGUGUCUAAAUGUUGGGAAAGAAAAUGUUAUUCUCAUAUUUUGAAAGCCAGCUGGAAAUACCAAGUCUUGCAAGAUGGCUGGAUCUCACAAAAUAUGCAGUCUGGUUUUUCAGAUCAAAGUACUUGGGCUAAGCUUUAAAAUGUGAGUGUUUAUCCAAACCAAGCCUGCAAAUCUUUCCUUUUUAUCCUUUGCCACUAGACAUACCCCUCUGCAUGUGGUUGAGGCAGGCAUUAAAUCAGAUGAGUCCAUAUACUGCAGAGAAAAGUCACAAACAAAAGAGUGGCUGUGGAGGUUCUUAAGGAGGCCUGAGCAAUCUGGGCAUCUGGCCUUAUUAUUGAAGAGGAAGGUUGGCAGGCAGUCACCCAGUUAUCAUUGGGAGCGUUUUGGCUGAUGAAGAUGCUUGGAUAAAGUCUGGCGAAGGCUUCCAAGAAUGCUUGACAGAAUCCUGUGCUCGUGUAGUGCAGCUUGAAAAAGUGCAACAAAUACAGAGCUGGUUACUAAUUUGUUGUGAGGAAUGCAGACAUCUUUCCCAAGGGCAGCAUUUCUGUUUGAGAGUUAAUCCCGCAUUCCCACUGUAGCAUCUUGAUGAAAUGUAACUGUCUUCAAAACUGGUGCAUUGGUUGCAAUAGUGAGCACUGUGCAUAACGUCAUUGGGCCAUUGGAACCUGUGGGCUACCGCCUAUGCAAUUGCUAGGAACAUAUGAACCUGCCUUCUACUGAGUCGGUCCAUCUAGCUCAGUAUCGCCUGCACUGAUGAGCAGUGGCUCUCCAGGAUUUCAGACAUGAUUAUCUCCCAUCCCUAUCUAGAGGUUUCAGGAAUUAAGUCUAUGACAUUCUACAUGCAAAACAGUUGCUCUACUGCUGAGCUGUGGCCCUUCACCUCAACUCUUGCUGAUGAGCAACACACUCUUGCCACCACUACUGCCAGGAUUGUCCCUUCGUUCAAGAAGCAGUGCUGGAAAUUGUUGUAUGCUAUUAACAACCACUUCAUUUUAUGCUUCCAGCUGCGUUCUGCCCCACUCUUUGGUUUGGUGAGGUGGCAACAAUAAGUGCAGAGUAAGAGGUUUGACGGGGAUGUGGGUGGCACUGUGGGUUAAACCACAGAGCCUAGGACUUGCCGAUCAGAAGGUUGGCGGUUUGAAUCCCCGUGACGGGGUGAGCUCCUGUUGCUUGGUCCCUGCUCCUGCCAACCUAGCAGUUCGAAAGCAUGUCAAAGUGCAAGUAGAUAAAUAGGUACCGCUCUGGCGGGAAGGUAAACGGCGUUUCCGUGCGCUGCUCUGGUUCGCCAGAAGCGGCUUAGUCAUGCUGGCCACAUGACCCGGAAGCUGUACGCCGGUCCCCUCGGCCAAUAAAGCGAGAUGAGCACCGCAACCCCAGAGUCAGCCACAACUGGACCAAAUGGUCAGGGGUCCCUUUACCUUUAAGAGGUCUGACAGGAAGCACUUCCUCCCUUCCCUCACCCCUCUGGCUCUGGCAUUGAGAAUGCUGGAAUAUUAGUGUCUCAGCUGCCAGGAAAACUGGACAUGUCAUUUUCCUAGGAUACCUGAGCCCUUACAAUGCCAUAUGGGGAUUCUUCCCUGGUUCAGAUUGCAAUCAGAGAAAUGACACUGAGUUUUGAAUAUAGGCAACUAUUCCUAACAUGCUAAAUUUGUAUUCUGAACCAGGUUAAUAAAACUUCCAGCAACAUUGCUAUUCUCCUUUUGUACAACCACUGCAAGCCUCUUUGAGACACUACUGAGUAUAUUCUAUAUGAGGUCACUAAGAUGUUCCCAUCACACCUGUAUUGCACAUGUAUUAUAAGUUCCCCUAUGGAGAGCCAGGACUAAUGGCAUGAAUAACUCCACUGCACAGUAUUAACAAAAGAAAUACAAAAUGCUGUUGAGCCAAACUAUAAAAUCCCUAUUUCUAGGAGAAAGAGAAACAAAUGUUGUGUGUAAUGGUUAUACAGGGGGUUAUAUUUCUUUAACAAUUAAUCCAGUGCAUAUAUUUGAGCUUGACCAUAUAUAUUUUCAGAUUUGAAAUGCACUGAUUCUAACAAAUCAAAAAAUUGUUUUCUUCUUCCCCUUCCCAGAAAUCUAAAUAACUGAGUGGGGAAAUUGUGAGGUUUAUAUCAGUGGCUGAAUUUUCAUGUACAACACAGCCCUUGAACACCCCAAAAUAGUUGCUUUCCUUAGGUACCCUUUCUUAUUUUUCCAGUUGCACAUGGUCAUGUCAAACCAGGAUUGUGGGAAAUUCCAAUGCAAAAAUCUCCUAAAUUAGGUAUUUUAUGAAAUGUCAAGGGUCAUCUUCUUCUCUGCACUUUGCUUUAUAGAUGUCCAACUCCAGGAUGUGAUGGGUCUGGUCAUGUCACUGGAAACUAUGCCUCACACAGAAGGUAAGAAUCUUCUGCUUAUUUUUUUUGGGGGGGGGGGAGGGAGCUUUGGCACUGCAGAUUUUGCAGGACUACAACUUCCAUCACCCCGACCACUGGCUAUUCUGGCUGCAGCUGGUGUGAGUUGGAGUCCAAAGUUUGGAGGGCCACAGGAUCAUCACCCCUGAAUCAUCCAGAAGCAAAAGCCUGGGAAAUAUAUAUUGCUCUGCUCUGUGUACUUUCAGCUUGUCUGGUUGUCCCCGAGCCAGGAAAGGUGGUCUCAAAGUGACUCCUACCAAGGAAGAAAAAGAAGACCCUGAACUUAAGUAAGUGGAGUGGCCAAGGCUUGUCAUUUAUGCCUCACUGUUCAGUUGGAUACAUCACAGGAAGAUUGGUCUCAGAUUCACUAACUUAUAUCCUCUCCUAACAAUAAAUCCAAACAAAACCUCCAAAGGAUGGUUUUAUGGUUCAGGUGCUGUUGUGCUGUCCUUGAAGUAAACCAGAUGGCACAGCUCUGGAAAAGUCCCAGGCCUUAAGAAACAAAGGAGGAGCAUAGUCUCUGGGUUUAUCUGGCUCAUCCCCCAGCCCAGAUGAGCCAAACUUUAGGCAGAGUCCCUUUUUAGACACUCUUCUGAGCCCUUAUGACCAGUAACCUCACCCUUCUGCCAGUCCUGUACACCCACAUGUAGGGAAGGCUUAUAGAUCAUACAUUAUUUCCCCUAUCAGUUCACUGGCUGAUGCUUACAGGGGCUGACAAUUGUCUGCAUCUGGAGCCUCUGCACGUGAAGAUUUGACCUCCUUACUUCGUUAUUAAAAAUAUAUAUAUAGCAAGAUAGCAUAUGGCAGGACAGGCAAUAAAAUAGAAAACAUAAUAAGAAGAGUGCAAAAUGAUCAUUAAAAUGAUCGACUGAUCAAAACAUCUAAACAGUUGCAUAGGCCUGCCUACAUAAAAAGGUCUUUCAGAGAUGCCCGAAAAUCAAAAGUGAGUAUACCUGCUGAAAAAGUGAUCCACAGCAUGGGACUCAUGACACUAUGGCAGAUCACUAAUGGAAGCUAGUCGGGCCUCCUUCAUAUUUAAAGCCACCAUAUUUAAAGUAUUUCACAGUGCAAUCCUUUGCAUACACUCAAGUCCAUUGAGUUCAAUAACGGUGUAUUGGACUGUAUUUUUUAAAGUGGUCUUCAUAUGGCAGCCCUAAUGUAUAGACAGCUUGGAAGCAGCAGCCUGUGGGCCAAUCUUGGCUCACCAAGGAGUCUAGUUUGGCUUGCUUGGCCAUUUCCCUCAAACCGUGCCUUUUACUUGUUUCCUUUUUCUUUUAAAUAUAUUUCCCUUGUUCCUUCAAAUUAAAAAAAAACUUUCCAGAGCAGCUUGCAAAAAACCCCCACACUAUUUAAUAGUGCAUAUAAAUAAAAUCAAUCAAUGACUCUUAAAACAAGAGUAAAAUACAGUAGCCUAAAAUUCAGUAAUCCAGCAUCAAAUAAGGCAUUUGGUCAUUAGAAACCCUUCUAAGAACAUAAAAAGAUGCUGUUGGAUCAGCCCAAUGACCCAUCUAGUCCAGCAUCUCACAGUGGCCAACCAGAUGCCUACAGGAAACCUCCAAGAAGGACCCAAGCACAUUGAAACCUUGCUAUUAGUACGUUCAUAUUAUAACAAAGUAGGCUUUACUUUAUUUACGGGGAGGAAAUCUUUCUUGAGGUGUUGUCGCUGGUACAUGGACAUUUCCCCCCUCUGCCUCUUGGUUUUUCCUUUUCUUUUUCCUAAAAAUAACAUCAGUUUUGCUGUGCUUCUGUAGAUGUCCGGUGCUAGGCUGUGAUGGCCAAGGUCACAUAUCAGGUAAAUACACUUCUCAUCGCACUGCUUCGGGUUGUCCUAUGGCUGCCAAGAGACAGAAGGAGAGUCCUCUCAAUGGGUCUUCGCUGCCCUGGAGACUGAACAAGCAGGAGCUGCCACACUGUCCUUUGCCAGGCUGCAACGGGCUGGGUCAUGUUAAUAACGUUUUUGUCACCCAUAGAAGGUAUCACUUUGUAUCUUUACUUUUUUUUAACUCGACAAAUACCUACAAUGUAUUGCAAUUGUGUGAAUUUAACAAAUGAAGCUGUUGAACUGAUAGGAAAAAUCUUGUUAGGAUUUUGCAUAAGUCCCUGAAUUAACCCCAACUCGUUUCCUAGAGAUGUCCAGGAUUUUUUGAGAUGUCUUUGGUUUUAUUUUAGCUGUCUAAACAUUCACAUAUCAGCCUAGAAUAGGUGAGAAAUCUGCAAAUGCAAUUUACUGCUUAGCCUUAAAAGCUCUUUUUAAAAGGCAAGGUAUUUUUAGCAGCAUAUUACUGAACUCUUCUUUUCAUGUACAUUUCGAAGUUGACUCUGAGUUGCAAGCUUUUUAGACUUUUAAGACUACAAUCCUAAAUUCACUUAUCUGAGAAUGCAAAUAUAAUUUAUUGCUUUAAAGUCCUGUUUAAAAUGCAAAGUAUUUUUAGUAGCAAAUUACUGAGCUGUUAUGUUCAUUUGCGUAUCUAAGCUGACCCCAGGAGUUGUAAAUUUGGUGAUGUUCAACUAAGUAUUACUCCAAGUAGACCAACAGAGAUUAGUAGACCUAGCUUGGUCAUGUUAAUUCAUUCCAGUGGGUCUACUCUUGAGUUGAAUUUAGUUAAAUACCAGUCACAGAUUUUAAUAGAACAAUCCUAUACACAUUUACCUUGGAAUAAGCCCUCUUGAAUCCCAUGGAAUUUAUGUCUGAGUAGACAUGUAUAGGAAUGUGCUGUAAUUGGUCCAGGAUUUUACACUGCUGCCUCUAGUUGCAGAUAGCGUGACAGAGGUAGAGGGCAAGGCAGCAGGGUAUUCAGCAUGGUGCAAAUGCAGUUGCAGAGCCAAUCCAGCACUCCUGCAGUGUGUUUGUGCCACAUUUGACCUCAUCACUGCUUUGCUUCUCCUUCCCAGUAGAGAGCACUGACUUACCACCGCUGCACCAUUAUGUACUAUUUUCCAGAAGGUGUGUUUAAGCUUCUGCUUUGGUAGCAGCCACCAUCAAAGAUGACCCACUACAUAGUUCAAAUGGGGCCAUGUCAGGAGCUGCACUGAGGACAAUUUGCCUAUUUGUUGUCUUUGAGAGAUUUUAGUAACUACACAACCAGUUCGGUCAUUGGCAAUAUUCUGCACCCAGUAACACUGUAGUAGCAAUAUAGGAUUGCAGCUUAUAUGCAGCACAAUAAAAUGGGCUUGUACUGCCAAGGCCCUAAAAGCUGAGAUACAGCAAUCAAAAAUGUGUUUCAAUUUUCAAAUAGGUCCCCUUUCCUACUCUUUUCAGUUUGUCUGGAUGCCCUCUGAAUGCACAAGCCUUAAAAAAGGGCAAAAUAUCUGAAGAACUGAUGACCAUCAAAUUGAAAGCAAGUGGAGGUAAGAAGAUAACAAAAGCAGUACAUAUAUGACACUGGAAUCUGGGAGUAAGGAAAUGAGUCUGUCUUUGCCCAGGACUGUCUUCUCUGGCCAGCAGCAGCUCUUUAGAGUCUUAGAAAAAGUCUCUUGCCAUCCAGCUACCAGAUAUUCUUUCACAGAAGAUGCUGUAUACUGAAAGCAGGACCUUCUGCAAACACAGAUCUACAGCCCCUCUGCUGCCUGCCUCAUGAAGACACAUAAUUGGAUUAAUUAAUUUAAUGUUUGGUUUACUUAAAAAUAUAUAUAAUUACAUUGUGCCUUUCAUUUGAACAUUUUAAUUAAAAGUACUUCGUACUGCCUCACAAUGAACAGGACACAGGUGGAGAUGGACAAAUUUGCCUAUAUCCGUGUCUCAUCUUUCCAAUCAUCAGUUCAGUCCACCAGAUUUCCACUUCAAAUUUGCAAGCAUAACAAUAAAAACCAACAACAAUUUUAAUCAUAAAAAUAGGCCUCACCAAAAUUCAUCAGCACUUUGAUAUGUGCUUCUCCCAAUAUGCACUUUUUUCAAGCAAUUUCUCUUAACAUAUUUCUGUACGUGUGCAUUUUUAUGCACAUGCUGUGGUUGGGGAGCUGCACAACAAAAUUUGGGAAGGUGCAAAUUUGGAGGGAUCGCUGCUUUUCAGUGUGCUCAUUGGUUCAGAAACUGCAAAAUAAGAGGAUCUGCAUUGACAUGUAAUCCAAAUUUCUCCCUCAUCCUGAGCUAUGGCGACCUGCACUCUGUUCCCAGGGUUGCCCUUCAACAAAUAUCGGUACUGGUACAGGCGGGCCACUUUCAGCCACUUGAAGGCCUAUUGAGCUCCAUCAGUGCAAAGGGAAAAUUUCAUGGCUGCUUCUCUGCCCCUGACAUGCCAUAAUGGAAGCUUUGACACUGACCCCGUUAAGUGUAGAAUUAAAUUGCAAAUGUGCAAUUUUGAUUCCAGAGACCAGGUUAACUGAAGAGGCUUGUUCUAUAACAUACCAUUACACAGGGGUUAGCAUUUGCCCAUCUCUUCAGUCAGGUGUGAUUUUACACUUGACUUGGCUCAUUCUUGUGCAGGUUUAGAGAAUGAGGAGGAAAUCAGACAUUUGGAUGAAGAAAUAAAAGAACUGAAUGAAUCCAACCUUAAAAUUGAAGCUGACAUGAUGAAACUUCAGACACAGGUAAGGAAGAAAGUCUCUGAUUGAGCCCUUAAAAACAAACAUCAAAAACUCCUACUAUUCUCUGGCAUUGCAAUGAUGGUGAACUCUACUGCACAGAAGCGUAGAGUGGGUUGCCAGCCUGGUUCACAUGAAGAAGCCGUUUUCAACAGAGCCCAGUAACAGAAGCACAUGGCUGUAUUGAGGUGUUGAAAAUGUGCACCCGCUAACAAUCUUAUACCUGGGGCAACUACCCCUGUGCUCCCCUAUGCUAUGCCACUGCUACUGCAUGUUGACCAUUGAGAAUUUUGUUUGCAAGCUGUUGUUAACAUAUACUAUGUUUCCCAUAGCUGCACCCAUGGAUCAAGCACUGUAGCAGCAUGCAAACUGGGCAGAGUUGCAUGGAAAUCAUAGCAACUUUCUAGCUCAUUAUUGUGGCCCGUGAAACCUAAGCAACAUGGCCCAAUUUUCUUUUUGGAGGCUUUGCCUUUGCCUUCUUCUACCUUGACCCAUAUAUGGUCCAUUUCUCUGGUUCAGCAAGGGUUUCAUUGGAGCUUUAAAGGCGUUGUUGCUUCAUCUGUCUAGCUUCACCUACUGUUGGUCUCCCUGCCUUCCACCCACUGGUUCAAAGUCAUGGUCUCAUAGAAUGCCUGGGUUCAAACCUUUGCUUUUAAUUUUUUCAGAUCAUUCUAGUUUACUGCCAUACAGCCUCAGCUCAAAAAGGAUUUUGUUGAGCUUGGAAAGGUUCAGAAAGGGGCAACCAAAAUGAUCAAGGGCCUGGAGCCGCUCCCUAUGAAGCAAGGUUGCAGAGUUGGGACAUUUUAGUUUAGAGAAAAGGCGAGUAAGAGGCGACUUGUAGAAGUUUGUAAAAUUAUGCAUGGCAUGGAGAAAGUGGCAGGAGAAAAGGGGGUUCCUCCCCUCUCUUAUAACACUAGAACUCAGACUUCCAAUGAAGCUGAAUGUUGGAAGAUCUAGGAUAGACAAAAGGAAGUAUUUCUUCAUAUAGCACAUAAUCAAACAAUAGAACCCGCUCCCACAGGAAUCAGUGAUGGAUACCAACUUGGAUGGUUUUAAAAAAGGAUUUGACAAAUUCACAGUUGGAGGCAGCAAUGCUUCUGAAUACCAGGCGCUGGAAACCACAUUGGGGACAGAGCUCUUGUGCUUGAAACCUGCUUGUGGGUUUUCCCCAGGCACCUGGCUAGCCACUGGGAGAAGAGGAUAUUAGACUAGAUUUGCCAUUGGCCUGACCCAGCAGGCUUUUUUAUGUUCCUACUGAAAGCCAAAUUUGUUGUUGCUUAAGCAGUUGUUUAACUGAAUCUACAGCCCAUUUUGGGGGGAAAAAUCAUGCUGUUAUGGAAAGCUAAUGAUUUGCUCAAUUAAAUUUCCACAAAUAUAUAUAUAUAUAUAUUAUGGCAAAUUUUCCACUUUUAAAAAUGCAUCAUUUCAUCAAAUUAGUCUAAUGAAUGAGCACAAUGUAAGUAAAAUUGGGCAACUGGAAUGGAAAAAAAUACCAGCUAAAUCUAAAAUUCAAAUUUUAAUUUACUUUUUCCAACGAUAUGUGUUUGUGUGUAUAUACACAGCUCCUCAGGCAUGCUAAAAAUCAGAGAUGGUAUUCAACUAAGUCUUACUCAGAUUAGAUCCAUUGAAAUGAAUGGACCUAACUUAGCUAUGUCCAUUUAUUUCAAUUAGUCUACUCUGAGUUGGGAUGAGCUGGGUAUGUUAACUGUUUUCAGUGCAUUCAUUUUUCCUCCUUGAAAUAUAAAUAGUAUACUGAAGUGUAUGUUAUGAGAGUUGUCACAUCUGAAAAUAUUUAAGUAUUUCUAUCAAAUGAGGAAACAGGACAGAAAAGAUUGAAUAGAGCCAUCCCUAUAUGACACAGUAUCUAUCUAAAAAUGUCUCAGGCCACAUCCAAGCCAUACAUUGAAAGCAUUAUUGGACCAUUUCCAAUAGUCACCCUCCCUCCAAAAUCCUGGGGAUUGUAGUUUGUUAAGGUGUUAAGACUUGUUAGGAGACCCCUAUUCCCCUCACAGAGCUAAAAUUUCCAGUGGUUUAACAACCAAUCCCUCUUCCCAGGGAACUGGGAAUUACAGCUUUGUGAGGGGAUAGAAGUCUCCUAACAAUUUGCAGUACCCUGAAGAAACUACAGUUGCCAGACUUUUUUUUGGGGGGGGAGGCAUGACUGUUUAAAGUGGUAUUAUAGAGUUUAAAAUUAUGGUCUCAGCCCCAAGCUCAAUUUUUCACUCAGCUUCAUAAUAAUAUAUAUAAUGCCUGGCCUAUGUUACAAUGAAUUGUUGCAAAGUGAGCUCCUUCAUUUCCUAUUCUACUUUUUUAUUUUUUAGCUUUUAUACUCUGUCCUGUCUCCAAACUUGCCCACUCUACAGCAUAACCUUGCCCUGGAAAGUAGCUCAAAAGCCAAUUCCAGGGUUGCUGCUAUUGUAUGAGUCAGCAGCAAUGCUGUAAGAAAAAGGCAGCAAUGUAAAUAGCAGCUUGCUUGCUCCCUACCUACCCCAGUCCCUAAGGGCAAAACUCUUCAUUUUAAAUCAGACACUCCUCCUGAGUUGUCAGCUCAAGGCCUGCAGUCUUUCGUCCAUUUCUGAACACGCUUCCCACAAACAAUGCUCUUUUCAUCCAGCAGGGUCACUGUCUAGAGCAUCAUUUAAACAUAUUCCACUUCUGAAAGAACAGCAGAAUUCACUGACUUAGAAAUAAAAUGGCUCGCCCCAAUUAGGAGUGCCUUUUGACAUUGAUGUGCAUGGAACGGAAAGGACUUGAGCUUCACUUCUGCAUAGGCAACUUCCAUUGCCCUGGGCGAUCACUUCUGAUAGCUGCAUUUUAGGCCAAGAACCCUAAUGUUCGCAGUAACCAGAACUGAAUGCAGGAAUACAAAAGAGAGAAAACUUUGCAAAGAGCCUGAUCUCCCGGAAAAAUAAAUUAUGUGCGUUGGCCCAAUGCAUUUUGCGGGAGCAGGGAAUUUUCCUUCUUCAGGGACAAUAUCAAUCACACACAAAAACACAGAAUUGUACAUUUAAAAGAACCCAUCUAUAUGAAAAUGUUUUACAGAUGUUGUAAGUUGGGGUAUGCAUACAGGAACACAAGUUUUCAUAAUGUAUUUUCGGUGGUCACCAGGGACUUUUGGCUGGUUCUGUUGGGUAUGGGUUAUCUUUGUUUCUAGAUUGUAUAUGAUGAUUCUGAAAAAUAAUACUAAUAAAAAUAAAAAAUAAAAAGAAGAACCCACUUACAUCAGGAAUUACAAAUAUAAUUUCUCAUAAAGCAAAAAGUGAAAGGAUUUUUGGAAAGCAUACUUUCCCGCUAAAAUGUGCCAGGCUUUAUCAGGCACACUAACCAUUUUUGGGAGCAUUUUGAGAACUCUUCAGCUGUUGGUUUUCUUCUGCUGUUCACACCACCACAUGUUGCUUUGCUUCAUGGUUUCAGAUAACCUCUAUGGAGAGCAAUCUGAAAACGAUAGAAGAGGAGAACAAACUUAUCGAGCAGAACAACGAGAGCCUCUUGAAGGAGUUGGCUGGCCUCAGUCAAGCCCUCAUCUCCAGUCUGGCCGACAUUCAGCUUCCACAAAUGGUAUGUCUGUGGCUGGGAAUGUGGCAGUUUCUCGGGGAGCCCAGGGAAGUUAGUCAACGGCAUGUUGCAGGGCUGUCAGAGAUGAAUCUCAAACUGUACAACAUUCUCAAUCUCUGGGAUGUGCCGAAAAUUAUGGAUAGUAGUAGCAGCCAGAGGGGUGGCGGGGACUCACCUGGCUUUCCAAUUACCAAGGGUGGUAAGGCAGCAGGCAGCUCGGUACAGAACAGGUGCAGCAACAUGGCCAGUCCAACAUUCCUAAUUUUGUCCGUCCAAGGAGCUCAAUGUGGUGUACAUGGUUCUCCUCUUCCCCAUUUUAUCUGUAAGCUUUUCCCUAUCAAGGAAAAAGGCAGAAUCUAAAUCUCAAUAAUAUCACAGCAACCCUGUGGGGUAGGUUAGGCUGAGAGAUGGUGACUGGCCCCAUCUGAAGAUCACAUAGUGAGUUUCAUGACUGUGGGGAAUUAAACCCUGGCCUCCCAGGUCCAAGUCCAACUCUCUAACCAUUACACCACACUGCCUGUCCAGUGCUGGUGGGAUUGGCUGUGUUGCUGUGCAUGCACCAUGCUGAACUUCCCAUUAAUUUGCCCCUCCCACUCUCCCUCCUGGUAACUGGCAGGGACAUGUGGCAUAGGGAAACCAGGUGAGUAAUGCCCCUCUACUGCUGGAGAAGACCAUGACCACACCUUUAAGCACAGAAGAGCAAUAUUGUGGGAGUGGAGAAGGCUUGGGUCACAUUCCUUUCUGGGCAAUCUUCCAAGGGCCACAUACCAGUGAGCCGAGGAAGAAAUGUAAAUGUUGUUUCUACAACAGGUUGCUUUUUACACAAACACCUCUCUAUCCAAGCAAGCAAAAAAGCAUGAUCAGAGCUCAAGAACACAUUUCCAGCCAGACAAAAACACUCAAAGUGGGUGCAAAGGAGGGGCAGUGAGAGGUGUGGACUAGGGAGGGGGUAUGGUGUGGCUAGAAACCCAGGUGCCAGAUAGAGGGCCACAGCAUCCCAGUUCUCCAUCCCAUUGGCUGGCUGGGAUCCAAAGAGCUGUUGUCAAAGACUUGACUACUUCUGAAAAGAAGUGAAUUCAAAAUGGCCAGGUCAUUUUUCUCUGGUCAGGUGGUGAUGCUAGCAACAGGCCAUAGUCAGGCAAUAGCUUAAACUAGGAAUGGGUUACCUAGAGCCAUAUAGGUUUGGAAGAGACUCCAAGGAUCAUCUAGUCCAACUCCCUGUGAUACAGGAAUCACCCAUGGUUCUAAAUGUUGUCGGACACAACUCCAAACAUCUCUGCCCGUCAUAGUUGGGGCUGAUGAGAGUUGGAGUCCAACAAUAUUUGGAGGGUUGCAGGAGUCAAACACUUGCUGUUUUCCUGUAGACAGUCCUUCCAUGUCCAGCUGCUCCCCCCCCCCUCUCUCUUUCCAGUUGUCACAUAGUGGACACCUUGCCUAAUAUUUGACUCCCAUGUUUAGGUGUGAUGUGUUUUCAUCUUCAUUCCAGGGCCCAAUCAGUGAGCAGAAUUUUGAAGCGUAUGUAAAUACACUCACAGAUAUGUACAGCAAUCUGGAACGGGAGUAUUCCCCGGACUGCAAGGCUCUGCUGGAAAGUAUCAAACAGGCAGUGAAGGGUAUCCACGUGUAG